CUUCGUACAGUGUUGUUUACGCGCCGUACCGCACGUAAACGCCGCCGCCGCCGCCGCGAACACGAUUCCCGCAAUAAUUAUUAAAUAUUUUUUUUUCAUUAUUUUAUAAUUAUUAUUAUUUUCUUUUAUUUUUUUUUUUCUUUUCGUAAUAUACCGCGACGACGACGACGACUCUCUCUCCGUCCGUCCGUCCGAAUACCGCCGGCUUUUUGUGCGCGUUCUCGCGUGUGCGCUCUGUUUUAUUAAACAUAUACAUAUAUAUCGUUGUUGUCCCGUCUCGUGGUCGACGGCGUCCGCCACACGCCGGCAGGCAGUGCGUAGUAUACCUCGUGCGGCGUGCUUCGCGAGAUAUCGCGUCGGACUUUCGGGCCGUCACCGUCGUCGUUUCCCGCGAUCGUGAUACACGAAUAUCGUCGUAUUAUCGUUUUUUUUUUUUUUUACCGUCGGUUGUUUUUGAUUUUUUUUUUUCCCCCCUCGACUCGCGUGCGCCCAGCACCGUUUUCGACCCGCCGGCACCGUUCACCGUCCCGUCGAUUAAACCGAGUGACAUUCGAUUUUGCGGCCAUGAGCUGCUAACACGUCAUGUACGCCGCAGCCACAAUGAACGCAGCAGCUGUAGCGGCCGCUGCCCGGCACCCGGUAAGCAUUGUUUGUUUUUCUCCCGAACGGCACGUAAACGCCUACGACGCGCACGUACCGCGCAGAGACUACCUGUCGGCGAAACGGUCUCCGGCAUUGUCGGUAUCGAUAAUAGCGCAUACGCCGCGCUUAUCGGACGGUCAAUUUAUUACAAUUACGGUACAGGUUACCGACGGUGUUCGGGAAAAAUGAAAAAAAAAAAAAACCCCGUUCGUUCACGCGCGCGAUCUUUUGCGCCGCCGUUAUAAAUAAUCGUUGCGUUCGCGCGAAUAACGAUCGGGAAUCGCCAACGGUGUAUACCUUUGAACUAUUGGCACAUUUCCACGGCUAUUUAGAUAACAACCGUGUGUGUGUGUGUGCGUGCGCGCGCCGGGAGCUCUCGCCGACCGGCUCGUUAUUCUCGGUAGUCGGUUAUAUACGACGACGACGACGACGACGACGUACGCAUAUUAAUAAAUAAUUUUAUCGUUCGCGCGCGCGUGCGUGUGUGUGUGUGUGUGUGUGUCUUUUUUUCCCUCCCCCCGCGCUCGUUCCAAGAAAAAAUUCCUAACCGUCGUCGUCGUGACGGCCGAAAAUUUGGGCAUCACUGCCGCCCGGGCCCGGUAUACCGGACCGCCCGCUAACCCCUCGGGACCCCACACCGGUUUCUCCGUGCGAUCCCGGUGCGCGCACAAUGGGCACCCCCCGGAGGUGCAUACGUUGAAUUUGUAAUAAAAACGUGUCCGUAUAAUAUAAUAAUAAUAUUAUAGGUACGCUCAUGGAGCUGGCGGCGGUUGUUACGGCGCGCGGUACAACAAUAAUGACGCGUCGUUCGGUUCUCCGCUUUCGCGGCGCGCUCGUGAAUAAUGGUCGGUAAUAAUAAUGGGACGGCGGGAAAAAGAAAAAAAAAAUAAAAUAAAUAAUACCCGAAAAAAACCGCGGGCCGACGGGCCGAGGGAGGGGGGCGGACGAAAAAUUGACAUUUUCGAAUAUUAUCGUGUGCGUACCGCACGCCGCCGUCGUAUUAUGUAUUGUGUAUCGUACCUAAUACGAGAGAUGUUUUUUUUUUUUUUUUUCCUCCCCGUUUCUUCGGUUGUGUUAUAAAUAAUUUGAAAAUGGUACUCGACGGCGAGAUAAUGACUGCGGCGGCGAAUUAAACGGCGGCAGCGGUAUGCACCGCUCACUCCGUCGCGUAUAAUCUCCGUGCGUGCCGAGUGUGUUUCGAGUCGUUGCUCUCGCGUUCCGCCGCCGACGCUAAUUAUAGUCAUGACAGUCGCGCGACGUGACGGUUGUGCGUGUGUGUGUGUGUACGUUGGCCGCGCGAUACGAUAGUAAAUCGGGAACGAUAUCCGUUAUAAUUUUUUUUCGAUCGGCCGGCGGUCCCGAAACGACGGGAAAAUUCGCGUUCGGUACGUACUCGACAUUCGUCUACCUCCUCUCCCCAUCUCCCUGCUGCAAAUCUCGCGCCGAGAUCCGGUAGCCGGUGUAAAGACAUUAUCGACGCCCGUGUUCCCUCGUUGUAAUAAUAAUGUGCACGCACACCCGGGCGCGGCCUCUUCUCGUUAACGACAAAUCCGGCGGCGGGCGCGUUAAUUAAUUCGGCACGUCGUCGCGGUCGUGCGCGCUGCGGAAACGCGAUUCACGCGCGCCCGACGUACGUGUACGCCGUGUCAUCGCCGGCGAUCGUGGUCGCCAUACGGUCGUGUGUACGCGACGCUAUAACACGUAAUUUUAUCGUGUCCGGGGCGAAAACUGGAACGGGGUCGGGGAUCCGGGAUUCUUCUCGCCCGGGUGUAAUGUUAUUACGCGACCGCGGGGGUGCGUGAGGCGGCGGAAACGCGGUGCGCGCGGCGGCGGCGGAAUGCCGAAUGACCCACAAAAAGCAGUUCUCCUCCGCCCACGGGUGUUCAUUACGGCGCGGGCACAUUCCGGACGGUUAACCGCACGUCGGCGGCGGCGGCGGUGGUUGCGGCGGUUAAACGCACACAUUAUCUCGUCGCCGCGGUGUUCUCCUCGCGCGCCCGUGUGUUUUGUUUUUAAUUUCUCGCACGCCGCCGACCGACCGGUGAAAGCGCUACGACGGGCGCGCGCGUUUCGCCGUGGUCGUCGCGAAUUCUCACGGCGAGAGACCGUAACGCGCGCGCUCCUCAUGUCCCGCGUCAUCGAUGCGAAUCCCGUGCGCGGCGCGCGCGACCGCGUCGUAUGACAAACGCAAAGUGACGUGUUUGCGCGCGGCGUACUCGACGGCGCGUCCCGGCUAUGUCUUUGUUAUUGUUGUCGUUGUGUUUUCGUGGUCGGCGAUGAUGACGACGAUGACGAUGAUGAUGAUGAUGAUGAUGACGACGACGACACCGCCGGCACCGUGGACGAUAAAAACUCGCGUUUUGUUUCCGCGCGUCGGUUACGGGUCCGUGGACUUUCGGCGGGUAAUUAUACCGUGGAUCCGCUACGCCGCCGCCGUCGUCGUCGUUUCGAUCCAUUGGUCCCGAACACCGUGACAAAGUAGCGUCCGUUCUCGUUUUUCUUUUCCUCUCUCUUCCACCCCUCUCACCCGCUCCUUAAAUUCAUUAUCGAAAUUAAUGAUUCCUCCCCGCCUACCGUUCCAUUCCGCCGGCUCCACGCGGUGUGUAAACGGCGGCGUCCGUCUUAUACCGUGCCUAUUAUAAUAUUAUGUACGAGCGCGCCGUUUCUCACGGUGUAAUUUAUCGGACGGGCGACGGUUCCUAAGAAAGAUGGUGUAUUAUUUUUUUUUAUAUUUUUUUUUUCCGGAGGGUCACGGUCCCGGAACGCGGGCAAAAAAAAAAAAUAAAAACGGAAAAAGAGUACAAUAAACUCGGCGGCGUUGCCGUCGUCGUGUCAUCCCGACCGCGAUACCCUUACCGCGUUUCGCGUGUCAAAUCGCGCGCGAACCGGGUACGGUCACACGACAUCGGCGAAAUAAAUCAAUCGUAAAUCCUCCUCCCCUUUUUUUUUAUUAUAAUACUCGGGCGAACAAAAAAAAAAAAAAAAACCCCCGCGAACCCUGCGCUUCGUCGCCCCGCCGUGGGCUCACCGGCGUACACCGCCACACGCCGACCUACAGAAUACGCGUCGGGCUCGUGUUGUUGUUACGCGCGCGCGUGUGUGUGUACAUUAUGUGCGUACAAGGGCGGGCGGGUUCCUCGCGCGGUCUUUAACGCCCCCGCACCACUACCACCUCGACCCCCCACCCCGUCCGACGAUCUGCGUACCGUAUUAUACACUCGUACGCCGAGUGUAACGCGCUACCCAUCACCUGCCCCGCCGCCGCCGGUGUCGUCACGCAUCGGCGUGUUCGUCACGCGAACGGUUAGGAAUUUUUUUUUUUUUUUGUCCCGUUAACCCAUCCGCCGCGGUGAAAUCCGUUGACGUGAGAUAGAUGUCGCGUCUCCCGGACGGGGACCACACACGUACGUCGGCUGGUCGCCCGCCAAUCGCGUCGGAUGAUCGGCCGCGUUGACGUCGUUGGCGCCGAAUUCUCAGCAGUGCGUUUUACACACGUAUCCGUAUCAUGCGGUCACGGUAGAUUUCGCAUUUACGCCGAUUUCGCGCGAUCGGUUUUGUUUUUCGAUCGUGUAUUGGCCCGCGCGUAGCCAGACUUGAACGCACCAGAACUCCGCACGUACGGCAUCGGUUAUUUUUUUCUCGACGGUUUCAAACCGGAUUCGUCGAUUUUCGUUGAAUUCCCCACGCGUGUCCGUGACAGGCCUGAAAAUCGAAAAGGAAAAAAUGUCACCCAAUACAUUCCGAUAAUGGAUCUAAACGGCCCGAAAUCGGUUUUCGUGUACAAAAAGUGUAUGGACGUAACGUAGAGUUUGUUCGGGAAUUUUCGGGGCGAUGCGUCCGUGUAUUGUUAUUAUUCGUGCUCGUAAUUCGGUAAAUAUACAGCAAUUGUCUCGCGGCCGAAACGUGUUUUUUUUUCAAAUCCACCCCCGUCAAAGCGGAUAACAGUUCGGACAAAAAAAAAAAAAAAAAUAAUAUAAUAUAAAAAUCGACGGGGUGUGUAUAUAAUAGAAUCCGGUGACUGCUGCAGGGGCGCCCUUUUUUUCCCCGUCGCGUAAACGUGCGGAACGGGCGUGUAGCGUAUAUAACAAUAUAAUACAUUGCGUUAUUAUUACGCGGGACAUCCCGGCGAUGGGGGAACGAAAGAGAAUAAUCGGUCGUAUAAAAUCUUUGGAAAAAAAAAAAAUAAUAUAAUAUAAAAAUCGACGGGGUGUGUAUAUAAUAGGAGUGUAUGUGUAUAAUAAUAGCAGUCGUCUUCAAAGAACCGAAGAGAGUCGUCGUUGUUGUUCUUUUGCACCCUAUUAUAUAAUAUAAUAAAAUACCCGGGGCCCGCAGUCGUUUGUUGCCGACGCAGCCGCAGCAACAGCAGUUAGUGUGUACUUACUCCUCUGGAAAAAAAAAAAAAAAAUCCCACCUGCCCGACGAGAAAAUAAUAAUCCCCGAAAGGACGUCCGGAUUAUUCGGCCGUAUUAUACGUACUACGUAUAAUAAUAAUAAUAAUAAUAAUAACAACAAUAAUAGGUAUAUUUAUAAUUAUAAUUAUUAUUAUUUUUUUAUUUUUUUUAAUACUCGAAGGGUAUCAUUAAGUCACGCCCCUUGUUAUUAUCCUAUCGGUCUUUACACAAUUACAAGGUAUACAAGUUGAUUUUACCUUUAGGCUUGCAUAACCGGCCUGUGGUUUUUUUUUUUUUUUUUAAUGACUAUACAUAAUGCGUAUGCGUGUGAGCGGUGUGCGUGUGUGUGUGUGUCAGACUCGUGUUUCACGCUAUCGGAUAUCGAAAGAUACGUCGCGCGGUAAUAGGCAACUAAAUCUACACGGGCGCGUUUUAAAACGUGAUAUAAAAAAAAAUAAUAAUAAUAAUAAUAAAAAGUACCUAGUUUUUUCCCUCUCUAUAUCGGCAUAGCCGGCACGCGGGCACGCGGCCGUUAAAAAGGAGAAGACAAAAAAUAAAAAAAAAAAAACCGAGGGAAUUUUUUUUUUUUUCUACAGGUGUGCCCGCAGACAUAAACUGCCAACGAAACCGGUUCGGAGUAAUAAUCGCCGCCGCCGAUAGUAAUAAUAAUAAUUAUUAUUAUCGAGAGGCAUAUAUAGAGAGGAGAAAAAAAAAAAAAAGCCGACCCGCCGGUCGUCGGCCUUCGGGCCCCGGACAGAGCGGCUACUGUGUGUGCGAGCGCGCGCGCGCGCGCUCGCAAAUAGUCUUUACGGUAUACGCGCGUGUUGUACGCCGGUAAAGAAUAUAAUGUAAAACGAAUGGAGGGGACGCGGAAUGGGGGGGGAACGCGUCUAAUACCCGGUUUCCCCGUGGGCCCAUUAUACGCGUGUUGUUAUUAUUAUUAUUAUAUCGUAUACGGCGUACGUAUUCGGAGAGAGAAAUUCCCGGUCGAUCGGCGGCCGGCUUCCUCUUUGUCCGACCGGUUCCACCGGGGCGGUAACGUCGUCGUCGUACGUACGCGGCGUACGCACGCGCCGCGCCGCUGAAAACAAAAUAUCGGUUAGGUAUUUGUACGCCGUGUAAUACCGUGUACGGGCAAAAAGGAAAGAAAUAAAAAAAAAUCGGCUUUUUUUUCUCUUCUUCUGCGGACCCGCGACGUCGAGUCAAUAUUAUUACCCCGCCGUCGUCGUCGUAAUAAAAUCGCGAGAAAACGCGAUUCGUACGCGCGAAUAAAACGGCCGACAUAGUCGUCGGUUUUAUUAUUUUCAAUCGGUCGAUCGGUCGUUUCCGAGCGUCGUUCCCCGACGGCGUUGUAACGAUACGCGAUAUUAUCGCGCGCGGAGCGCAUCGAGCGGGGCCGGCCCACGUUAUGAACUCGAAGCUACGAAAUAUCGGCCCCGCGUCUUCUAACGAUAAAAAUGAAAACGGAGAGGACUUCUACCGGCGGGAGGGGGGGACCUGUCCGACACGCCCGUCUGUCGUUUUUUUCGGCGGAUCUCGCGCGCUCGCGAAACCUCCGGGUUCGUAAAUAAACUACGGAUUAGACCGGUAUAGGCGGCAGCAGUGUAGUGGCGGCGGCGAGAGUAGUCGACAGUGGUGGCGGCCGUUGAGAACGUUCCUUUUUUCCCGCCGUAAUAAAUCGCGUCCGCGCUAUUAUUAUUCCGGUUCCCGUCGUUGUGUGGGGCACAACCUCGGCUCUUGUUGAACAACAACACAAUGCGAUGAUAUUAUAAUAUUAUCGUGCCCUCGUACAGUAUGCGUUCGCGGACGUGUACGUGUCUGCGUUUGAAUAUUGUGUAAUACACGCAUAACACGCGUGCACGAUACGUAUAUUAUACGUAUAUACGUACACGUAUAGCCGAUACUUAGUAGUCGAUUAAAGCACACCGCCCCCGCGCCGCGGCGGUGUACUGGGUACGAUGUUUUCGAGAGCCCACUCGAAAACGCGGAGAGCGAGAGCGAGAAGGACGCGCGGCGGCGUGCGCGAGAGAAAAAGGAGAAAUCACUCGCGAAGGGUCUCUUCGCGGGCGGCUCUUCACCGGCGGGCGGCGGCGGCACCCUUGGGCGUUCGCUCCGCGUUCUCCGCUCGCGCACACGACACAAUCGCCGCCGUAUCGUUUAUUUAUACACGCCGCCCGUCGUUCGUGUCGUCGUGUAACCCUUCUGGCCGCGGGGCCGGGUUGUCGACGACGGUGCCGCCCGCGUACGAUAUUAUCGUCGUCGUCGUCGUCGUCCCCUUCGAGUGGCCCGACGCUCUCGACGCGUUCAGUUGCGUCCCGCGACUUGGGAUGUAAAACAGUUAAUAGAACGACAUGUGAAAGAAAACGAACCCGCGGUUGAACUGCGCGUGACGGCGGCACGAUAACGUUCUCGAUAAUGUUAAAUAUACCUCUGUGUGUGUUUAUGUCAAACGUUUUUGUCGCGGCGUGACGUUCUCCUUCGGCGUCGCGAUGAUGUUGUUACCGUCGCGUAUACUGUCGAAUACUGUAAAACGGGCGGCGUAUGGAAAACUGGAAGAAAAUUUAAAAAAAAAACCCGUAAACGCCGCCGCCGCCGCCGUCGGUACCGUGUGUAACGUAUGUUAAUAAUGUUCGCAAUGUCCGCGCGACGAUGACGGGACGCCGCGUUCCGUUCUCCGUGACUGCGAACCGCCGACGGUCAGUGUACGUAUGCGACGACUAGAACGCGACGAAUGGCCGCGUCGUGCGCGCGUAUAUACAUUAUUAUAUACGCGUCGCGUUUUAACGGCGGCGAAACCGAGGAAAAACGGGGAAAUUUCUUCGUCACGGCGGAGGAGGUGUGGCCCGCCCCUCGCGCGAGCGGGUUCGCGGCGGUGGGAACGUUUCGGUCGCGCCUGUUGCGGUCGCCGCGGUACUGUCUCCCCGCGGCUACCCACCACCGCCGCUACCGCGAGAUUGUUAUUCGGCGGCGGCGGCGGCGGCCCCGGGGGCAGUUUUAAGCGGCAAUUAGCGCGCCGUCGGCCGUUCGCCGGUGGUGGUGGCGGUGGCGGUGGCGGCAGUCGUAAUAUUCGCCGUCGUCUGGGUGGGUGGGUAUACCGCGCCGGGGAGAUUCUGCGCGUACCCGGGAUGACGCGCGACGGAUAUUAUUAUCGCACUCUGCGCGGCCGUCGUCGCCCGUGCAAACACCCGAUCCGCGCCGGCACGCGGGCAUUGUGCUGUUGUCUAACGCAGCGUCUCAUCGUCAACGGUUACCGGCGCGGUUAUACCCUCCGGCAUCGGAAACGGCGAUUUUCCUCCGUCGGUGUUUGUCCGUACAGAACGACGAACGGCGGUCACGACGUACGACGAAAAUGUCCGUUUAGCGGAGCGAUGGGAAAAUGCGCCGGGAACGGCUUUCGAUUCUCGUAUAUUACAAUAAUCGUAUUUCGCGAUCGACUUAACGACUUUAAAGUGUACAUGAUAUUCAUCCGCACGCUCCGCUGUCGUCCCGACGAUUUUAAUGUUAAAUUUCGUUUUGUCCGUUGUGUACACGGUGAAUUGAUCUACUAAACUGAAACGACACGAACUUCGUUGUAUGCUGCGAAACGUUGGCGGUUUUUUUUUUUUUUUUGUCGAUAUUUUUAAUUUUCGAACGAGAUACGCGAAGUAUCGCAAUUCAAAAAAUGCGCUUUGAAAAUGCAACCGUGGUAAAAAAAAAAAUCUCCGUCGACGUUGCACAGUUAAAAAUAUAUAUUCUUGUCUUCGAGUUUGAUAACAAAGUUCAAUUCACUCCGGUAUCAGACGGGUUUAAAUCCGUUUCGACAAUACCACGGCGCGUUCUGUAAAUCCGCGCAUUACGUACGGUUAGGUUGUUUUCGCGCGUGUGACAAAGCCCAUAAUAUUAUUGUAGUAUAACACGUCGAUCGACCCGCGAAUUCCGUAUAUUAUGUGAUAAAAUCGUUUUUUUUUUUUUUUUGACACUAACUCGGAUAUUUCGUAACCGUCGACCGCCCGCGCGCACGACGUCAUAGGUACAUUAAAAAAAAAAAAUAAAAUAAAAUAAAAUAAAACCAGUGUAAAAUAUACUCGUACGAGACUGUUGUACCACCGUAAAUAUCGCACUUCCCGGACGAACACACGCACACACACAUACACACACACACACACACACACACACACACACACACACACACACACGUACACGUACAUACACGUACAUACAUACACGAUUUAUAACGCAUAAUAAUAAAAAUAAAAAUAAAAAAAAAAAAAAAAUACAAGAAAACUGUAAUAAAAAGUCGUCGAAAAACAAAUAAAAUUUACGACGACGACGACGGUUUAAUGAGCCUUAAAAACCCUCGUGUCCAAUAAUAUUACGCGAGACAUGCGGCCCAUUGCCUGCAGUCGUACACGUACGAUAAUAUAAUAUAUGUAUACGAAAGUAUACUAUUAUUACUAUUGUGUAUACGUGUUUGUGGAAAAAAAAAAUAAUAAUAAAAAUAAUAUCACGCACUAUAUCCCGAGCGAACCGCAAACGAGGGGGGAAACUUGCUGCCGGUCAAUCUUCUUUUAUUUUUUAUUUUUUUUUCCCUCUAUUCGGAGUCUGCUCCUUUAAGCUAUACGCGUGCUUUUACUUUUAUUCCGUGCGGACUAGGGCCGCAGAUUAAAAUAUACGCAUUUAUAAACGUCAAAAUGUAUUAUUAAACAUAUUUAUUUUCCAAAUACACGUACGCGAAAAAGGGGUUGAUGUCAAUUCGAAAUAACCGAAAUUUACCGGUAAAAUGUACACGAAUCGACGUACAUUUCGGUGAAUUUUUAGAAAUAAUAUAUAAAACAUAUGUAAUGCGAAUACAAAAUAAACGCGAAACAUAAGUACAGAAAGAACAGCGUGGAGUUUACAAACGAGUCACAAGGAGUAAUAAUGAAAUAUGUUAUUAACACGCUCAAAAACGUCUAUUCGAAAUGAGUUUGCGCGUUCGAAACUUUUAGGCCUUACGAAUCGAAUUAUUUUUUACGACAGAAAAAAAAAACACGAUAAGCCGUAAACAAACCCGAGUUCGAACGGUAAUAACAUAUUUGAACAAUAAUUGUGAAUCGCGAAGAAACGAAAUAAUGCAGUGUUUGGUUUCGGUAUCCAAACCGACCCGACCCGACCUAACCUAACCUAACCGCCUGGUUUCGACGGCACUGAGCACAUUUCGACACACGUUCGUCGUAUUCGUCCCGGACACCGCGAGCACCUGCGAUAAUGUGGCGGGCUUCGGGAGGUUGGACCGCCUCGAAUGGCAAUCGAGGCCGAUGUCGACUUGAAUUCGGGCAGGAUAAAAUACGAUUUUUUUUUUUUUUUUUUUGAAGUAAAUCAACAUGUAAUCUACAUGCGCGCAAUAUAUCGUUGUAGGCGUAUUUCAUUUUCACUCCGUCGCUGCUGCUAUUAAAACUUGAUGAUCUGUUUAUCGAACGCGUCUUCUCGCGGGCAUUUUCGUCAAAAAUAUGAAAUUUAUCGCCGCGCCCUUAUCCAGUAGGCGCAUGCUCAACCACUAACCACAACCCGGAUUCGAAGCGUGUCGCCGAUUUCCGAAUUCGGCGAUAAAACCGCGUUUUGUCUUUACGCCAUCGCGUGGACAUUUCGUUUCCUGUCUAUAAAAUUUCCGCGUAAAAAUCAAAAAUUAUACACGUAAUAUUUGCACGGACAGUUCUAAUAAUAAAUGCGCGUUGACGUAACCCAUUUUUUCCCUUCUCUCUUCCACAACAAUAAUAUAUUAUUAUUCCUGAGAAUUUACACGCGCGCCGACUAACGAUUUUGAAAUCGAAGAAAUUCGCUUUUAGUUUUCGGGCCGUUUCGCGAGAGGCGGUUUUUAAUCACUUUCCGGACAAAAUACUCGUUAUCCAGUGAUUAUCAAAACGUCCAAUUUUUUUUUUCCGCGACGAUUUCACAACUCCCCUUUUUACCACGACGCGUGUGUUAGGUGUCUGAUAUGUGUCAUUAUUUUCCAUGUCAUGGUUACAACAUGUCAAUUCUGCAACACGCUUUAUCCGUAUAUACAUAUAUAUAGGUACUGGCAGUGUGGCGCAGUUAUCUAAUGGUAUAGCGUAUAACUUGUAAACUUAUAGCGUGUAUGGGUAUUAUAGACGUCUACAAUAUUGUACUUUGGGUACGACGUUUGACUUUUUAUCAGACGUCAAACGCGGUAUAUUCAUAUUUUUUUUUUCUAUGCGUCCUAAAAACCUAUAAACGCGCGCGCGUUACUAAACAUAUCUAUCUAUAUAUAUGCCCUUAAAACCAAAGGAAACGCCGCUUGAAAACACCGUCCGAAAACUUACGAAAUCCCCUGGAAAUUCAAAAACGAACAAAAUACGCGGAACGCGGUUGUUUUGCACGUGUAUAGAAUCUUCGGCCGUUCCGGUGCAAGAUAAUUGGUCGACUGACUGACGAGAAUAGUAUGCAAAAGCGUAGGUACGUACAAACGCCGCGGAUUGUAAAAGGACACCGUUUUCUCUUCUUUGUCUAUGCUCGUUCUUCAUUCAUUUUUCCUCCGGUAUGUACGCGCGAAAACGAAAAUCCGAACGUUUACUUUUGGAAAUUGUUACGACGACUCUUUCACGCCGUUGAAAUCGUACGCAUUGGGCAUUGUGUGGCAUUCCCAUUGAGAGUUGCAUAGUCGUCCUAUACCUAAUCAAUUUGACGGUAAACAUUGUAUCUCCGAGAGUGUAUAGUAGUGGCGACGACGUUGUAUUCAUCGGUGUGACACCUCGAAGACCAUGUAAUUUCGAGUAGAGUAUUAUACGUUUUCCAGUAUUUAAAAAAAAAUUAUGUAAACUUUUGUACGUUGUACAGUAAUUUUGUUUGGAGAAAUUCGAAGACAAUAUAAAAGUAAUAGAAGGAUAAAAAAAAAAACCAAACAAAAAUUGCGUUUUGAAGACAUAAUAACAUUAAAAAGAAAUCAAAAGAUAAUAAGCCUGCACUUUACGUAAGAUUAAACAACAAUUCAAGAGCUACGGUUUCAACGGGAACUUUAACGAGUAGUGUUUUUUUCUUUUUCUUUUUUACUACCUACACAUCAUUGUGUAACAUUAUACGGCGGCACUUAUACCCGCGCGUUUCAAAAAAUAAUCGUCAGGUUUAUUUUCAUCAUUUUUAUUCUAUAUUUUAUUAUCGUUACUCGCCGUUUUUUUUUUUUUAUAUAUCUUCGACUAUAUUAUAACCGUAUCAUUUGUUGCCGUACUCGCGUUUCGCAGUUUCGACAAGUCCCCUUACAAUACAGCCCCUAAUAAUAGAGUUAAGUAUACACGUACCCGUCACGAUAAUUUUCGUGUCUGAGCGAUAAUACCGGGACGAGUCGAUAUCCGAUAAUUAUUGUAUCUUAGCCGGACGGUAUAAUUUCAUACGAUUGUAAAUAUAUACUUACGCCUUGGUAGUAUUAGACGGUGAAAAAGCGAUACGCCGGAAAUUAAGCCCUUUUUGUAUGACAGUGAACCUUAUCACAAAAAAGUAUAUGGGCCACUAAAAUUUUAUAUCUAUAGCAGAUAGACCCGGUGAUUAAUUAAGGCAAUAAAUUGUCCACUAUUAAAAUGAUAUAAAACCAUCAGAUUUAUCAAAAUUAAUCUGACUAGUUUUUUAUUGUAUUUUACAUUAGGUAUUUUAAUACAUUUAAAAUUAUACACUUUUGUGUUGUACAUUUGUGGCCCAACACCCCGUGUAAAUGAAACGUACAAAAAUAUUUUUUACGGAGCUAGUAGACGAAAAUGUGGCCCGAAUCUCGAAAACAAAUCAUAAUACGCGAAACAAAAACAAGCGACAUAAAAAUCCGUAUUCGAAGUCUUUUUUUUUUUUUUUUUUUUUUUGUGGUACACGAAACAACAAAACGUGUAAAGCUUGCACCCCGCUAUCAAUUAAUAUUGAAUCCUCGCCGCCAUAAUAAUAACGAUUAUAUUUGCGAUAUUGAUAACAUGUUCGGGCGAGAGUACAGAAGUAUAAUUGUCCAUAUACUGGACGCGUUAAUUAAAAAAAAAAAAAUGUGUCGUCGUUCUGUACGGUCCGUAUCGCGACCGUGUGAACACGAUUUUGUUUUAAACAAACGGCCGAAUUACUGCCAGACCGCCCCGCCGCCGCCGCCGUUUACACCGCGCAAUCAAUCGAAUUAUUCGUCUCUUUCGAACCGUUGCGCGCGUUUAAUCGGCUCCCGCGCGCAGUUCUUUAACCUCGUCGCGUUCGUUUUCAUUAACGUUAUUAUUUUGUAAUUAUCGGUUAAAUAUUAUAAUCGAAACCCGCAGUAAUCGUCGUCCGUUUUAUAUUAUUAUUAUUGUUGUUAUUAUUAUAUUUUCACAACGAUUAUCCGACGACCGAAUCUAAUUAAACGGUAUUCGAGCGCGGGCCGAAAUACACUUUUAAUUGUUCGAAAUAUUCGAUUAUUUUAAUUUUCCGUGCCGCGUUAUUAUUACUAUUAUCGUUGUUGCUGUUGUUGUUGUUGCAGUAGUCCCGGUCAGGUUAGGAGGAUUAACGUAAACGUCCGAUUUCUCGGACCGAACAGUCGCGACUUUUGGCCGAUCGAAAAUGCCCCGCGGCCGCGUAAUCUCGACGAUGAUAAAUAAUCGUCGACGGAUCCCCGUUUAUUUUAAAAUCCAAUAAUUGUCAUUACCGUUACAUAAUCGUAUUUGAAAUACGUGUGUAAUGAUAUUUAUACGGUUAUAUCGCGAAAAUUCCUCCCGUUAAUUAUCUCACAAAGGUUGGGUUAAUAACAAUUAUUAUUACCGUACGGUAAUUAUAUUCCGUGGACGAUUAUUUUGGCCGCCCGAUAAUAAUAAUUGUCGCGUAAAAUACUACACGGCGUUCUAUAAUAGAAUAAUAUUAUUAACGAUAUAAUACGAACACCGUACAAUCGGUUUAGAGCUUUAUCAGUGCUCGGGUUUUAUAACAUUGAGGAAAGGAAAAAAAAAAUAAAAUAAUAAUAACCGAAAUACGCGCCACAAUUGCAAUAAAAAAAGGCGAGAAAGAAAACGUAUUUAUUUAACUUUACGUAACUCGAAAUACACACGACGGAAUGUUCUAGGAAAAAACAAUAUGAAUACAACCGAUAAUAAGAACUUAUUAUAUAAACGUGUACGGUUUGAUGGACCAAUAUGCUGGGUUACUAUAAAAUACAGAUUGCAAUGCGAAACGAACAUGGGUAUUUUUCUUGCGGAUUCGUACAGAACAACACAUUUUUUUUAUUUCGUUUGACGUAAACCUGACUCGCGAAAAAUACAAAAUCAAUCGUUAUGUAAUGUUAAUAUCUAAAAUGCUUCGAAUGUGCAGAAAAUAGCGAUGCGCCGUUUGAUACGACAGGAAUGCCCCGGUGCACAAAACAAUCGGUUCACUCUGCUGUUUUUAUCUGUUUUGUUUUAGCGGCGUACGGGCCACGAACGACAAAAGCCGAAUAUCCUUCGUCGCCCUGUCCGACCGGUCGGUAGCCGAAGUUUUCUUCCCGGUCGCUUUAAUUUUUUUUUUUUUUAAUAUCCAAAGUAUUCGAGAUACUUCCCGGCGGCGUCCGCGUUUCCUCCUGUACCCCUGUAAUAUACACGCCGUCUUUUUAUCCGCCCGAAAACGAUAUUACUAUUAUUGACAACAACGUUUGAAAUUCGUAUUCCAUAACGUUAUACGAUAUUAUACUAUCGCCCCGUCGUUACUCAACGCGGUUUUGAUAUAAUUGGAAUUGUCGCGUAAUAAUAAUCCGUACGUUAGACGCGAUGUAUUUUCGUUUUUCUUUAUUAUAGCACACGGUAGACACCCGCGACAUACCGAAACGGAACGUGAUAUUUCAGGAAUUUUCAACAUUCGAAUUAUUUGCGCGGAAUAAAAUACGAUAUUAAACUUUUCGUCGUCGUCGUGUGCGUGUACGGUAAUAGAGAGCGGAUUCAAACGUCCGAACGAAAUAUUAAACUUAGAACAAAUAUCGUAUUACCCACGAACGGUUAGGGUCGCCAACGAAAACUUUGAUUUGAAAUAAAAUAAAUAAAUUUAAAAAAAAAAAAAAAACCGAUACUGUUGAUAUUGGAUAGGAUGGAAAUCAGAAUGGAUAAAUAUUAUAAAAUAAUUAUAAUUUAUAUCCGUGUAGGAUAAAUGAAAAAAGUAGUAUAAUAUCUUCUCUCGUUUCCGGGGUAACCAAGAAAUCGAGAAAAAUUAUUAUACAAAAAUAAAAAAUUGUCAGUUUUCUACGUUAUUUUGCACAAAACUUCGAGGAAAAUCUAAAAACGACGUCCCUCGGCGGUACGCCGUUCGCAAUACAAUUGACCGAAAACGCCCAUACGAGAAAGUUUCUAUAAAGUUUGUAGCGAGAUUUUUCGUAAAAAAGUUGUAAUAUUACGAAUUGUUGAAAAUUGUUUAAACGGAGUGAUUAAGAAUUUAUUGACUAAAGACUUAUUUCAAAGAGGGAUGAUAUAUGGUUUAAAAAAAAUAUAAAAAGGUGACAAGCAUAUCAUAUUUUCUUACAGUUUAAUUACGAGACAAUUAAUUGGUAGAUUGUUAAUAACGAGCAAAUUAUACAUUUUAUAAUCACAAAUCUACUCUUCUUGGCUUUAGAGCCGUUUCAUUAAGUAUUCUAUACGGACCAUUUAACCAUUUAACUCUAAUGUAACCAUUUACAUUUCACUAUGCAUAGUCAAUUCAUUUAAUCGGUUUCAAUGGACGAAAUAAUUACAUGUUAUGUAUACGUUAAGCGUAAAGUGUACCUACCAAGUAAUUUUUUACGGUGUAACUGUAAGCUGCACGGUUCGUGGUAUUAAUACUUCGGUUUAAUAAUCGGAAACAGUUAAAUUCAACAUCCCGAAUUUAAUUUCAAAGUUGUGAAAAAAUUAAAAAAAAAACGGCCCGGGGGCGAUGAUAGACGGGAUGAUUUUGACGCUCGGAUGCGCUGUCCCACGAUAACGCCUCCGGUCGCUCAGAAUCCAAAACUUGAUUCGACCGCGAUUGUUUUCGAUUUAUAUUGUUUUCACGUCGUCGUCGCGGAACGGGUGAGGUAUUUGUAUUUCGCGUAUAUUAAAUAUUUGCGCUUUGUAUUAAAGUUUGCGGCGGCGGCGGCGGUGGCGUGCGGAGAAGUUUUAAAGUCGAAACGUAUACGCUCGUUCGUCGGGGUUCGGUAUACACGCAUUAUAAUACCUAAUAACAAUAAUAUUUAACAAGCGCGACUGGUGCAAGUGUUGAAAAUUUAUCAUUAUUAUUAUUAUUAUUCCGUGUCCGACCUAGUGAAUUCCCGCGGACGACCUUGCAAUGUUCGUUUUAUUGCAUUCGGGUUUUUUUUUUUUUUUUUUUGCUAACCGGGCUAGCCGUGUACAACGAAUUAAUAUAACACCGUGCGUGUGUACCGGGGUCUCGACGCGGUGUCGUAUGGUACGCGGUUUUUACGCGGCCGAUAUCAGCUACAGGGUACACCCCCGUCUCUGACCUGUCGCAGCAGCGGUACGCCUAAUUGGCCGCGUAGUAUACCGCGGUCGUGGUCGCGGUGGUCGUCACCGCCGUCGUCGCCGUCAUCGUGUGUCGAGGGGGUUGCGAAAACCGCUUCACGGGCUAUUUGCGCGGCGUAUACCUAUACGCGUUGUGUAUUUCGAACGUGUCAACGUUUUUCUAUUGUGCCGACCGUUUAUUAUUAUUGUUGUAUACGCGCGCGCGUGUGUGUGUGUGUGUAUACUACGUCGAUAUACACGCACUGUCUGUUUUACCUGAUUUUUUUUUUUAUUAUUAUUAUUUUUUUUUUUUUAAUUUUUUCUGUGCCGUACCCGAGUUGUGACGAAUCGCGCCGACGACCGCUGCGCGCGUAGUACACGCCGCCCGUGGAGGUCGACCAUUAUUAUCGUAACCUUACGUCGUUGGAGUAAAAAUCGAGAGAGAAAGAUAUAGAGAAAAAAAAAAAAAAAAUGGAAAAUGUAUGUGAAAAAUGAUUUUCCGCCCGCGCGAGGCCGUCCGAGGCCGCGGCUCGCGACGCGUUUCGAAACACCGCGCCGCUACCGUGAAAGGUACCCGAAUACCUGUGCACGCGAACGGCGGAGGUAGUGGGAUCGGCCGCGGCGGUGGUGGUGGAGUUUUACCCGCUUUUCCGGGCACAUUUUCCCACCAGCGAGGCAUUUGCGUUUCAUAUAUAAACGCCGGUCGGCCGCUGUAACGGUACACUAUCACAGUUCGCUUCGUUUAAUCACAAUAUUAUUUCAACGAUAAUAACAAAUUUUUCGUGCCAAUAUCGACCGAAAACAACAGUGAUACAACAUGGGUUCCAUAGCUCCUCUGGUAAGUACGAUUUUGUGAUGUAUUUUUUUUUUUCCGUUUCGAUACCAAACCUGUAUCUGCAUCCACCCGCCUAUUAUAAUAUUGUGUUUUCGUUCGCGAAUAAUAAUUUCACUACCGCACUACAACUCGCGUAUCAACAGUUAUCAACGAAAAUAUUACUAUUUAUUCAACAACACUUUACUCGUUUUUUCUACUUUGCUAUUCGUUUCCGGCGCAAUACGAUAUUUCAUUUUUCUCCGUCGAGUACAUUGAAAGCUAAUUUUUUUUACGAGUCAAAUCGCACUUUUCAAGCGAAUACCGUCGUCGUACAAAACACAGUGUUCAUAAACGUUCGGUUUUUUAUUACAGUUCCGAUAAAUUUUUAUUAGACUAAAAAAAAAAAAAAAACGCCCGUAAAACUCGCUCGUUUCCCCGUGUAUAAAUUCCCGACGACCGACCCGCAGCGGAUUCGUUCCGUGUAAACACACAGAGAACGCGAGUUUUCGCUCGGCUUUUUUUUUUUCUUUCUCCGGUUUCUUCUCAGUUCGGGGUCCCGCAUAAAAACGCACCGGGGUUAACCGGGGAAAAAAGGACGGCGCGCUUCGUUACGGAUCGUAAAGUACUGGGUCUAUACGUCGCGAUCGUAAAACCGGAGGGGAAAAAAAAAACAGCGCCGUUUUCCCGCAUUCAUGUACAUAUAUUAUAUAUAUAUAUAUACAUACGCGUACGAAACGAGUCGUAAAAUUUUAUGAAACAUAAGUACAGUUAGCUUUUUAAUGUUUUCCGAAUAAUUUGUUUGAGGUUUUUACGGCUUUUCGGGGGGGGGGCGCUUUUACUGCCGCUGCCGCCCCGCCGAUUUUCCGUUCGCGUUAACUUUCCGGUGCCCGCGGCGGUAGUGUCGCCAACGCACCGCACCCGACGCGUUCACCGCUACUACUCGUACGCACAAACACGCGCCGAUAACCGGAAACGAAACACAUCAGUGCAACGAAAAUAAACAAAAAAAAAAAACCGAAAAAAACAACGAAACACCGUUUAAAAUGUUUUUUUCCAGAUCACCAUCGCGUGUUUGAUCGGCUUGACGUCUUACGGUGCGGCCAAAUUGAGCGACAAUGAAGUAGCAGAAGGGUAAGGGUCUCCGUCGCCCGGCGCAUUAAUAUUUGUCGUGCACGCGCGCGCGGCACGCACAUCGAAUCGCCCGGUCGACGUCGUUGGCGGUUAUUCGUCAACGGCGGAGGCGGCGGCGGCGAUGCAACAAUAACGAUAUCAUUUUUUUUUCUCCCCGUAUUUUUCCAGAGUCAUAAAGCACACGCAUUACCACACCGGUGACGUGGAACACGCGCACAAGCACGACGGCGAGGCGCACCACGAGCACCACCACAAGGGAUCCGCCGACCACGCCCAUCAUCACGGCGGCGAGUUCGGCCACGGUCACCAUCACGGCGGCGAGUUCGGACACGGACAUCAACACCACGGCAGCGCCGAGCACAAACAUCACCACGGCGGAGAAUUCGGACACGGGCACAAGCAUCACGGUAGCGCCGAGCACAAGCAUCACCACGGCGGAGAAUUCGGACACGGACACUCUCACGGUGGUAAAUUCGGACACGGACAUCAACACCACGGUUCCGCCGAACACAAGCACCACCAUCACGGUACCGCGGCCCACAAACACGCCCACGGCGGUGAAUUCGGACACGGACACGAACAUCACGGUGCCGCCGAACACAAACAUCACCACGGCGGAGACUUCGGACACGGACACAGCCACGGCGGAGAGUUCGGACACGGACACAAGCAUCACGGUGCCGCCGAGCACAAACAUCACCACGGCGGAGAAUUCGGACACGGACACUCUCACGGCGGCAAAUUCGGACACGGACACGAACAUCACGGUACCGCAGCCCACAAACACGCUCACGGCGGUGAAUUCGGACACGGACACAAGCACCACGGUGCCGCCGAACACAAGCAUCACCACGGCGGAGACUUCGGACACGGACACAGCCACGGCGGCAAAUUCGGACACGGACAUCAACACCACGGAUCCGCGGAACACAAGCACCACCACGGCGGCAAGUUCGGACACGGACACCACCACGGAGGAGAAUUCGGUCACGGACACAAGCACCACGGUAGCGCCGAACACAAACACGCGCACGGCGGAGAAUUCGGACACGGACACGCUCACGGCGGCAAGUUCGGGCACGGACACCAACAUCACGGUGCCGCCGACCACAAGCACCACCACGGCGGUAAGUUCGGUCACGGUCACGAGCAUAACGGAGGCGCCGAACACGCUCACCAACACCACGGCAAGGCCCAGCACGGUCACCACCACGCCGGCCACUCGAAACACCACCACAAGCACACCGUUUAAGGCGGCCCGCCCAAACGACUAGUACCAUUAUAAUAUAAUAAUAAUUAACGCUAUCCAUAUUAUAUUAUAUCCCCGGACCAAGACGAAGACGAAGACGACAACGACGACGGCACGCUCAUUCUCCUCGCUACAUUCGGUAUUGACUUUAUGAACACGGUGAAGGUUAUCGGGUUCUUCGAUUACUCGUUUCUCCCAAAGUUUCUCACUUCUCCUCCUAGUCAUUUCGUUGAUUUCGUUCUCGGCGAUAUUCUCGCAUCAUCCGCCCCUGUAUUAUUAUUUCAGGCGCCGCCGUCUUUCCGACGGUGUCCGCCGACCGUUUUCCGUACCAUUCGUCCUCUACCACCUAUACCACCACUACUCGUUUAUUCGCGACUCUUCGUUCCUGCCGUUUCUUCUGCUCCUCCUCCUCCUCCUCCUCCGGUGUUUUACGGUGUUUCCAUUACGUUGUACGGCACACACACACACACACACACACACACGCGCUCGCGGUAAUUCGUUAACCACGUUUGUGUUGCCGUACUCGUACAACUAUGUAUUUGUUCUGUGAUAAUUUUAAGUGCUCAUUCAUAAUAUUGAUUUGUUAUUUUUUUAUCACUUGUUGUAAUCGGGUCUUCGACACACACACACACGCGCGCGCGCGUACACACACGUCUACGUGUCUGUAUUGUUUUUUGUGUUGUUAUUUUUUUUUUUAUAUAUAUAUAUAUAUACUAUUCUAUAAUUAUAAUACGUAAAUAUGUUAUUGUUUCAGUUUUAGGAUAGUCUAAUCAAAAUUUGGCGGUAUUUAAAACUUCCGGUUUCUUGUUAUUUAGACAUUUGUAUCUUAUCGCGUACAAUAUAUAUAUAUAUAUAUACAUAUAUACAUAAUAAAUAAUAUUGUAAUAUUUUAUUUGUUACCAAUGUCGAAUUUUGUUAUAUUAAAAAUAUGUUAUUUGGUUAUAAAAUAUUGUGUAUUAUUAUUAUUAUUAUUAUUAUUUUUUUUUUUUGUCGUUUGUAAUUCUGGUUUUCGCGCGUCCGACGUACAACGCUCUCGCGUAUACAUACCAUGCGUAUACGCACCUAUACAUCGCCCGUUAUAAUAAUAUCAUACUGCAAUACGUAUCGCAACACAUACAGUCAUACAUAAUAUCAUAAUAAUGCACGUUGUAAAAUAAUACGACCAAUUUCGGUGCCUUUACCAAUACCAAUAUAAUAGCGGCAAUGACAAUAAUAGUAAGAAAGAAUAAAUAAAAACGCGGUGUACACAGUGGCGCGUUUCACAUUAUUCGCAAUAAAUCGUAAAUACAGCUUUUAUGUAACAGAAACACCCCCCCCCCCCCCCCCCCCUUCCUCCUCUUCCAAAAAAAAGUGUUUAUCUUUCCACGUACGUGUUAUAGAAACAAAAAAAAUAAAUAAAAUACAAUAUAUAUAUGUAUAUAUUAUUAUUAUACAUAUUAUAUUCAUAUAUUAUAAUAUACGUAUAUGCGCCCAUAAUAUAUCGGAUAUGUGUAGUAACACUAGUAACCCAUUGCCGAGGUUAUUGGACCGUUUAGGCUCGUGUAUUGCUGCGCACACACACACACACACAAUAUUGCCGCCCGUGUAUACCCACGUGUAAUAAUUUCCGUGUCGAAUGAUUUUUCACAUUUUUUUUUUCAUUAUCUACAUUAUCCCCCCUCCCCUCCCAGUCCAAUCCGCUCAUAUUAUACGCGCUCCCAUAAUAAUACACGCAAUCUUAUGAAAUUCAAUAUAUUUACACACGCACGCACCUACCUAUAUAUAAUAAUAUACCGAUUUAUAAUAUUUCGUAUUUAUUUUUUUUUUCUGUUCCCAUGCUUAGGGCCCACCGCAACCGGGGCAGCCGUUCAAGUUUACCAUCGGUGAAUCGUGCGACCGGAUCAAGGAAGAGUUCAAUUUCCUACAAGCUCAAUACCACACGUAAGUAUUAUAUACUGUACACCUAGUAGGCACACCUACUAUAUGAAUUAUAUAUCACGUAAAAAAAAAAAAAAAACAAAGUUUGUCCCUUAAUAAAAAAAAAAUUAAAUAAACUAAAAUCCCCCCGGUCUCUCAACCGACGUGUGUGUUCGUUCGCACCGGACGGUGUGUGAGACCUCCGAAAAUCUCGUUUAGGCGUUUAAAAAAAAAAAUAAAUAAAUAAAUAAAUAAAUAAAUGAAUAAAAAAAAAAAUAAUAAUUCGGACGCUAUUAAUCUAGUUCCUCCCCGUUUUCUUUUCCGAGGGGGUUCGGGUGGUGCCUUGUAACGCGGGGCGCGUACGUUUUAUUAUCGACGAUAUCGCAAUAACGUGUGUCCGUGUCGGAACGGCGGGUCGGCGACAAUCGCAGACAGACGGCAUAAAAACGUGUCGCGCCGCGUAUUGUGCGCGCGUCACAAUAAAAACAUUAAAAAAAAAAAUAUAUAUAUUAUUAUUAUUAUGCGUACGCGCACGGCGAUAACGUUAUCGCGCGGAUAAUCGGGUUGCGCACGCACAAACACACACACACACACGUAUAUGUAUCACGUACGGUUUGGUUUUCAGCCUGAAAAUGGAAUGCGAAAAAUUGGCCAGCGAGAAAAUCGAAAUACAAAGGCAUUACGUAAUGGUGAGUGAGCGUGAAGGUCCCGGACAAUUAAUUAUGUAGCAUGAACAACCGCUGUACGCAAUACGCUUAAGAGCCAUUGAUAUUGCCGUCGGCAUUAACGACAACAACAACAGCAACAACGGCACAACGACAACGACAACCAUCCCCUUAUUAUUAUUAUUAUUAUUAUUAAUAUUAUUAUUAUUAAACGCCUGUGAAGUCCCUCGAAACGUUUUCUCGCCCGACGCGGUUUUUAGCGUGUAACAAACAUCGUAAUGACGACAAUCAGUUUAACGGCAAUGCGCGUGCUGCGUCGUACGCGUGUCUCUAUUUAUUAUUGUUAUUUAUUUAUUUUUAUUUUUUUUUUUUUAUUAACGUUUCGUUUUUGUUUUCUCUCCUCCCCCCCUCCCCCCUCGCGGUCCCCCGUGUGUUCCUCGUCGUCGUCUCGGAAAUUAUCGGAUUCAAUUUUGGACAUUUCGACGGACGAACGAAACGACGUUCGUUUGAUUACCCCUGAUCGUUUUUCGUCGGUCUUGAAUUUUUCGGACGAGCAUCAACCCCCCCCCCCGCGCCGCACCAUUCCGACUUUCGAUUCUCGCGGGACAUUUUUCUAUCGAAAAUUCCGUAAACAGACAAAUUAUUGUAUACUGACGUAGGCCUGGAUUUUGAAUUGAGCGUUUCGGGCUCGACACUUCGUUGUUUAUCACCGUAGGUACGAGCGAUUUCCAACAUUCGACUCUCUCCCUCCCCCAAACAAAAAAAUUUACAAACGUGUUUUCAUCAAAAACGAAUCUAGAUUAUCGCAUUGCGUAUAAAACGUCUUGGCACAUCUCUGUUACUGAAUAUUUAUAAACCCCUCUGACAGCUGCAUGCCUCUUGGCGAAUUAUAUAAUUUGCAUUAAUAAAAUGUCUUCUCUUAUACUUAUACUCUGGCUAUCCGCGGAGUCUCAUUUUCCAAAAUAGUGUUAAAUACGGUUAUCGUAAAUGAAAUUUUAAAACCGUGUUUUUUUUUAGAAGCUAAAAAAACAUAAUGUGCAUUAUUGGAUUUCAGAUAUCAAUGAUCACGUCAUCAAAUCGUAUUAUAAUAUUCACAUAGAAACCUAGGCUCGUGUGGGACUCUACUCUCUUUAGCCACCUCUUGGUUACUUCUCCGAAGUCGUAGUUUAAAUACGUUUCGUUGUUUAUGUUUUUAUUUCCGUCGACGAGAUGUUCCACUUGAAAGUUUGCCGUUUUGUGGUUAGGGGAGAAAAGUUACGGACCAUCAUUUGCAGUGAGGCGGAGUAGCACACGACAAGUUCACUUUUUGAAAUCGUUUACGAGAAAGACGGGGGAUAAACUAUCAGUCUUUAUCAUUGUUUUUUUACCGUAUGUCUACGGUAGACAGACUUGCUACGUUAUUGUUACACCAAAUUGUAGAGCAUAUUUUUAUCGCUUUACUCGAAGCUUUCAAAAAGUCGUUCCGGACUUGGCUAGUUUUCGCAUAGAGCCCUUUAAUAUUGUCAAUACUCUGUUUCAUAAAAUCGAAUUUUUUAUUUCUUUUAUACCUGUAUCGAUCCGGCGGUGACUUCACAAGCAACUUACCAUACACAUAGAUGAAAUACUCUAAAAUAAUAUCAUUUUUAACGAGGAACACACGGUUUUUCAUCUUUCAUUAUCAUUAUCAUUAUCAUCAUCAUCAUCAUCAUCAUCAUAGUCAUUGCCAUCGUUGUUAUUAUUAUUGCCUAUACAUAAUGAUAAUUAUAAUAUAUUCGUUGUGAUAACAUCAUUGCGGUUAGCGCGUUUUGCUCACUUAAUGUAUUUUUAAUAUAAUAUAAUAUGUGUAAUGCGUUUGAUAUUAUAAACACUUUUUUUUAUAUCCAUAGAGCGAUUGAUUAAAAUCGUUAAAACGCCGUAUACGUAAUGCACUCUGCCGACACUAAAUAAUAUUAUUAUAAUAAUACAGGCGUACCUAAUUACUAACAAAAUAAACAUUCAUAUAAUAUAAUAACAAUAAUCAUUAUAUUAAUCUAUUAUUGUGCAGUCUAAAAAUCUAUUAAUAAUAUUUUGGGGAAAGAAAAAAAAAACAAGGGUUAAAUUUAGCGAUUGGGUAAAGGGAGAGGGGGGGAACGUCUGAUUGGAGAAGUAUGUUUCCAAUUUUUUGGACGACGAAUUCGAUAAACGUGAUUUUCUGUACGAUAUACACUAUUGUCCACCUCUUAUUAUAUUAUAUACUUACGUGUAUAAAUAUAUAUACUUUUUUUUGCCCCCAUUGUAUUUAAUUUUUAUUUUAUUAUGUUUUUGUUUGUUUUUUUUUUUUUUUUUUUUUUUUUUUUCGGGUUUGUUUUUGUUUGUCCCUCGCCAUCAAAAAAAAAAAAAUAAAUAAAAAAAACAGUACCAAAAUGGAAGUCGAAAAAAUCGUCCAAGAAAAAACGGAAAUGCAAAGGCAUUACGUGAUGGUGAGUAAAGGUUUACCUGCACAGUGUUCACACCAGCAGCUUAUUAUUUUUUUAUUAUUAUAUUAUUACGUGUGUCGGGUAUGCGUAGCUUUCAGCCAGCUUUUGCAUGUCUCUGUGUCGAUUGUUUUUGCACGAUUAACGUGAUUAUUAUUAUUAUAUUUUUUUAUUUUUAUUAACAAUUAAAAAAUAAAAAAACGCGGUGAUAUGCAAAAAAAAAAAAUCAACAAAUUGUAGUGGAGAACGACGACGGAAAGUUUGCUCGCAAAAUAUUGUUAAGUUGAAUGCGACCGGUUUUUAAUAACGCAGGGAAAAAAAAUUAUAACAAUAACGCCGCAGCUCUGGGGCGUGCGUAUUGUCCAACCUUUAUAUGUCCUAACAUUGAAACAACAUUAUAAUAAUUUUCAAAAAAAAUCGUUCGGGUUAAUAAGUAUUUUUCUUUGUUUUUAGUUCAGGGCGAUAAUUACACGGAACCCCGCACUACGAUUUCUUAAUUUUCUACAAUAUUUUCCGAAGUUCGUCGUUAAAGUAUUUCUUAUCUCGAACAUUCGGUUUCAAAACGUGUAAUCACUGAACGGCUGCUUUGGAUUUAAUAUAAAAAAAAUGUCAUUAUAAAUUUAAAUGUUCGGUCUUAAAACAUAAAAUACCGAAUGGAACAGAGUCAUUUCAGGUGUCUUCGUGUUAUACGCCCCGCACCGAGACAAUAUCGAUUAACGAUUCCAAUUUACCAUUUUUACAAUUUUUUUUUUGAAUAUUUUAUCUUAAUCGUCGAUAACUGGAACGGCUCAACGGUAUUUUGCGAACAGACCCGUCGUAUUGUGUAUAAUAAACAUUUUUUUUUUUUUUUUUUUAUUGAUUAUAUAUAAAAAAAAAUUGUCGUCGAGUGUGUGUACACAAUACACGCCUCCCCGACCGUGUACUAAUAUAUAAUUGUUUUGUUACAGUACUACGAGAUGUCCUACGGCCUCAACGUGGAAAUGCACAAACAGGCGAGUUUUUAAUUAUAAUACUUAAGUUUUUUUUUUUUUACUCUCCCUUCUGCCCUCCACCACCCGUAAUAACGUCGAGAAAUCUCGAAACAUUUCGCCCUCGGUUCGUGUACUGUUUUUUUUUUUUUUUUUUUCCACUUCUUUUAAUCCCGUUACGACCGACGCAAAUUUCUGCAGGAAAAGGGUCGUUAAAACCGUCAUCCCACCGAAUUAAUAAUUCGUUUCGUACAAAACGCCCAUGCAGGGGAGACGGCGGAAAGACCGGGGCAGAAAGAGCUGUUAUAAUAUAAAUAUAUAUGAGCGCGCGGAAACGGGAGGAUUCUCUCUUUCUUUUUCUUUUUUUUUUUUUCCACCCCGUCGUCCGCCGUUGUAAAUUCAUUUCGGCGGAGUAAUCGCCCGGACUAUUUUUCCGCCCCAGCGUAUAUAUGUAUUUGUUCCCCUUCUUUUUCAACGCGACGUCGUAUAAUCUUUCCGACCCCUCCGGGUUUUUUUUUUUUUUUUUUUAACGAGUCCCCGAUUAACUCGGCCGUCGCCGAAAUAUCGUCGCUCCCGUAUAAUAAUAAUAAUAAUAAUAAUAACAAUAACAAUAAGUGCCCCGGAGGUAUAGUAUCGCCCGCCGCCGUCGAAAAUCCAUUUCGGCCGAGCGCCGUUUUUAGUCGGGCGGGCGGGGGAGUGGGGCGGAGGGGCGGAAUGAAACCGAGAAAGGGCCCGGGGAAGUUUGAGGAAGCGCGGGGAACAGCGAGCGAGUGAUUUCUCAACGUGACAGAAACAGCGGCGGCGCGCUGUAAUUAAUAAUCGCGGUGUUCGGUGCGCCGCCUAAUACCCGCCGCCGUCCGCGCUACACAUUAAUCGCGCCACGCGGACUACGAGAGUGUAACGUUACAAUACGGCCGGCGCUAUAAUAUUGUUAUUGUCGUUGUUGUCGUCGCCGCGUAAUGUAAACGGUAAACAACGCGAUGAAGUUUCUUUUCUUUUUUUUCUCUCUUUACUUUUAUUUCAAUCAAACACGCCUGUACGAUCGAAACGCACGCAAAAAGACGCGAAACGAUUUGCAUACCCGACCGCCUCGCGACUUUACCGGCGCGUGUAACGAGUUCGUCAGAAACUCGACGAUAGGUAGCUAAUUAAUACUGUACGCGUGAACGGCGGUAACACGCGGAUCCCGAUGGGAGAGGAAUAAAAAGUGGUGAGGGGGAGAACACGUUACGAACCGCCGUCGGGUAUGCCCGGCCAAGUGAAAAUUAUACGACACGGUCUGUUAAUUAAAGACGGAACGUCAAUGACUUUUGCGCGUUUCACCCCCCCUCCCCGUCCCUAUACGAUGCGGUGCCGCCUGAACGCUGUAAAUCCGUUUCGCGCGACACAAAUCCAAAAUAAUAUACGCGUUUUAUUUCGCCAUUCGUUACAUCUCGCCUUGUCGUUGUUCUUAAAUUUCGUGUUUCGGCGAGGAUAUUCGUUCGGCCAUUAUCGGUAUUUAUUCGCGAUUGAAUUCGCGGCGCGUAUACAGAACGUGCGUGGUACAACGGCUUUCAGAGGAUACAACACGCGCGCUUUAUCGUACGGUGUUUUUUAUUUUAUUUUUUAAUCCCCUCGGCAUUUAGUUGUAAUACCGACGACAAUGCAAGAUAAUAACAUGCGUGCGCGCGUAACAAUCGUAUAUUACGAGCCAACGGUCCCGGCGCCGACUGUAACGACGACGAUAACAAUAAUGGCGUAACGUGUAUACGUAUAAAUAGCUGUUGUGUGGCGGUUCGGGCGCAGUGUUUGACGACGUGUGUAAUGUUAUGUGUGCGGAAGAGAGAGAAAAUACGCGGCGGCCGCCGCCGUUCGAUCGGCGUGCGGUUUUCGCGCGGUCCCGGAAAGUGUAUUAUUAUUAUUAUUAUUAUUAUACCGGGCGUUCUUAUGUAUAACGGGCGCGCCGCGUUUACGAGAGGGGCGAUGUAGAUAAUGUAUACGUAUACGCGUAUAAUGACACGGGGACCGUGAAAGAAGUCGAAGAAAUGUGUACGUAUAAAAUAUCGCGGCGAGAGGGCGCGGAUAAAUGCGAGACGCGACGGGACUACUCCGCGGGCGGGACGAGGGAAAGAAAGGGAGGCGCGGAUAUUGUAUGUGGCGGCGUAAAAGAGAAGAGGGGCGCGACGUAUACGCGUAAAGCCCGUCGCGGCACAAAAGGAGUCGCGCGGGGACAGAGAGAGAGAGAGAGAGAGAGAGAGGGGCAGAGACAGAGACCGAGACCCGGGAAGCGGCUUAUUUAUAUAACGGGCGGCGCGGAGGACUCGCCCCCGUAUAUACGCGGCUAUUAAAACUCGGGGAGUUGGCACAUAUUACAAGGGUCGUUUGCGCGUUCCGCGCCGGGCGGGAGGGUCGGCGACGGCGGCGCUGGCUGCCCCGCGCCACUCGUGUCGAGUGGCAAAGCCCGAAGGAAAACAUUAUAUCCCGCGCGCGCGAAACACUCGAGCCUUGACGGUUUUCCGUUCCGCCCGCCCGCCCGCCGCCCGACCCGACCGGCGUUACUGCCGCGCGAGGGGGGGGAGUGAGAGGGUCGGGAGCUUCUGCUCGGCGGGCGCGCGCGAAACCGGAGGGCGAUAACGCGAAACCGUCUCUACCCCCCCCCCCCCCCCNCCCCCCCCGACAAACGGCUAAUGCGCCCGCUCGGUUGUCGUGUACACGUAUACGCGCGCGAAUAAAUGUACGCGUAAUUUAGCGGGCGCGAUACACGCGCGCUCGCAUAAACGUCGUCCGUUAGUCCCCUCGCGCGCGCGUACGUGUUGAAGAAUAAUAAUAGAAAAAAAAAAAAAAAACGGUCGUAAAAACCCGCGCGCGACCCCUCCCCGGUCCGGUCUAAUUAAUUUCGCGCCGCGUUACGCCGUUAACGACGUGUCGCGGCGCGCGCGUCCCGUCGGAGACGAGGCGCGACGACAAAGACGACAACAUAAAUAUCGUUUACGCCCCUCCCCCCCCCCGGUAUUUUAUCGGAUAUUUAUAAUGCGUAUUGUGCGUGUAACGGCAACAUAAUAUAUUGACUUUUUCUUUUUUUUUAUUUAGACGGAAAUUGCGAAGCGUCUGAACGCCAUCAUCGCGCAGAUAAUGCCGUUUCUCUCGCAAGAGGUGAGUGAUAAACGCCCGGUGUCACCGUGUGUUGAUUUUGUUUCUCUCCCGACCCGUGCAAUGCAAACACCCCCCCCCCUACCACCCGCCGCCCACCUCUUACCGCGUAUUAAUAUCCGGGUUUUUUUUCCCGUCACGUUGUGUUUUGCAGCACCAACAGCAAGUGGCCACGGCGGUGGAAAGGGCGAAACAAGUGACCAUGACCGAACUCAACGCCAUCAUCGGGGUAAGCGCAACACUACUACACUAUACUAUUUGCGGUACAGUAAAUUAUGUGGCGUGCACUCAUCGUUGCAAUAUUAUUGUUAUGCGAUGUACGUACCGGAUAAGAACAUCGGCGCGGCGUCGCGUAUCGGUCGUAUUCAUGCGUGUGAUUAUAAUAUAUACGUAUGGUCGAAAUAUAAAAAGAACGAGAGAAAACCGUGGUGUUUGUAUCGUUUCCGUUCUGCUCCCCCGCCCCGUAUAUUAUUUACGUGUCGUAUAUAAAUAUUACAAGGGGCGUCGCGUCGUCCCAGAAGCAAUUAAGUGGCGGCGGCGGCGGCGGCAAUAGUCUCGUCGGGUUUUUAUACGCGUAUACAUUAUGUCGCGCGUGCUACUAGCGCCGGGACGGUCGCCGCGGGUCCCGGUGCGACCGCGACGACUGCGUGAAGAGAUCCGUCGGGCCGAAGUCGCGCGUUUGUUGCCCAGUCCGGUCACGUUCGCGUCGAAAGUUCGGGACGCGGCGGCGGCGGUAACGCACGUUGAAUAUUGUAUGAACCUCUAUUUUAGCCGCGUGUAUGUACUUCGUAUAUAUAUAUAUAUAUAUAUAUAUAUAUAUAUAUAUAUGUACACGCUGUGAGGCGCGUUGCGAAUAAAAACGGCGUGCGGGCGGCACGGCCGAGGAAUAUAUACACGACGCGCAGAAGAGGAGGAGGAGGCGGCGGCGGCGGCGUGCGACGCGCGAGAGAUCGUCGGCCGGCGAAACGACGGUGUACGAGAGGAGGUAGAGGAGGAGUAGGUGCGAGAUCGCAGUCGCGGCGGAAGUUCGCGCGUAACGAGCUCUCCGGCUCAAUAUUGUCCCGGAGAACGUGAGCUCGUCGGCAGCGGCGGCUUUGCCCUUCGUCUCCGCGUGUACUAUACGUAUACACGUCGCGGUCGUGUGCGCGUACGGGUGAGCUAUACGCGCGCGACCGCUCCGCCGCCGUAUAAUUUCCGCGUUAUACGCCCGGGUCGGUGCGAUUUUUUUUUUUUUUUCUGAUUUUUUUUCUGCGUCGCCUCCCGGCCUCGCUAUAAUGGCCCGGUCGGGUUAUUGUUUGAUUUGUUCCGGUUUUCCGCGAUGCCGUUCGACCGCUUCGCCGCCGGGUCGAGGCGUAUAAUUAAUUUCGAGAGACGAAAAAAAAAUCACCGUACAAUAAUAAUUGACGUACACGAAUUCGCACAUUUCGGCGACGACGCCGACGCGUAUCCGUUACACCGGAGGAGAAUAUUCCGCCGGAUAGUCGUGUAGUCACGGCUCGGCGUCGGCGUGUAUAGAACGUAAUUAUCGUGUUUACUCUACCGGGUGUGUGUGCGCGCGCAAAUUACAUUAUUAUUAUUAUUAUUAUUAUUAUAAUAUACACCCGGCGAACGAGCCGGUAAAAGAGGGGAGAUUUUCGAUUAAUGUUCUCUGCCCGGCGCGUCGUGUCUAUCCGCGAGAGAGGAACCUCUCAACGUUUAAUAAUGACGGCGGCGCGGCUGCGAGUCUACACGGUGGCGGGGAGAGGGAACCGCGCUCGGAGGGCGGCGGCGGCGGCGGCCCUUCUGCCGACGGAGAGAAGCUUCCGCUAAUUGCGCUCUCCUCUCUCUCGCUCCCGCCCGCCGGCGUCCUUUCUCCGUCGCAGCUCCUCCGUCCCACAAAACACUACUAACACUACAAAUGUUCCGGACGUGCGGUUUUUCUCUACGCACUUCGUUAGUCGGCAGCCGGUAAUUAUUAUCGCCGCCCUUCGCGCCCGUUCGGUCUUUCCCCUUAUAUAUAUAUAUGUAUAUAUACACGAGUUUGUACGCGGCUUCCGGUUCCGUUUUCUUAUGUAUAUACUUUCGGGCGUGCGGCGCGCCAGAAGAGGGUUCGCGAAAGUUUUACCGCACACCAUUAUUGUAAUGUAUAUACAUAUUUAUUUGUAUACAGACCGUCGUUCUUUGUAUCCAACAAUAAUAAUUAUUGCUGUCGGGCCAGAUAGUAAAAAGAGAUGGAAAACAAAAAAAAAUAAAAAAAUGUAAUAUUUUUUACGGUUAUUAAAAUAAAUUCGCAAAAAAAAAAAAAUAAACCCGCGCAAGCAAACAAAACUCCCCGUAUACCUUUAUUUAUUUAUUUUUUUUUUUUUUCUUCUUGCUGCCCCGGGGAAAUAUUACACAGUCAAUCGCUCUCGAGUCCGUCUAUAGCUUCUUUUUCUGCGGUGCGACCCCUCGCUCCGUACAAGGCGCAGGUGUCGAGUUCAGAGAAAAAACUUCCCCCCCCCCAUUCGAUAUUCGUUCUUUGUGUCUUUCGUAAUAAUACCUCGAUCCGUGAUCCGAAAACGGGGUUUUAAAGCAUAAGUUUUGGGCGUUGCAUGGUUGACGACGAACCGUUGAGCGUCCACGAUAUACUUGUAUAAUUGACAAAAAUCAUCGACCAAACAUCUCGCGCGGAAAAACCGGCUAAUCGAUAGGCAUUAUUCAGUACAGCGGAAACGGAAACGACAAUUUUUAGUAAUUUAUUAUUCGCGGUGCGAGGAGAGAGGAGAAAAAAAAACAAAUUCAAUCUGACGUAACAAUAUAACAUUAUAUUGUAAUCGUUACGUACGUUGUUGUCGGACACUCCGCGGGACGACACUCCGGACAUCGUAAUAAUGUUCUCCGGGUCUUCUAUACCCUCGGUCAACAAUAUUAACGGCCGUGUAGUCGGUCGCUCAGUAAACAUAAACGUAUUGGGGUUUUUUUUUUUUUUGUAGAGUCGUCGCGCGUUUACCGCCGCCGCGUCUAUCGCAUAAAUCACACGCGACGCGAACUUCUCCGAGCGCAAACACACUUAAAGGAAUACACAGCCCGCGUGUGUAUUUACGUGGAAGAUUUUUUUUUUUUUUAAUGUUUUUUACAUAAUAUAUAAACGCAUACGCGUACGCGCGCGCGUGUGUGUGUGUGUGUGUGUGUGUUCUCGCGGCGAAUCUUUACAAAUAAUUCGUCGUCGUAGAUAUUGUGUAUAGAGUCGUACCGCACACACACACGCUCGACGGUAAAUUAUUCGCGUUAUCUUUUUGUUAUACCGCGAUAUCGAUUGGAAACGAUCGCCUCGCAAUAAUAAUACGCGUACGUAGAAACGUUUUUUUUUUUUUCCCCCCGCAACGAAAAUUUAUAUUGUUACCGUCGUCGUCGCGUUAUUUUGGGAAAAGCCGUCUCCGUUUCACGUAAUAUCAUGUACGCGUAUUUUUACGACGACGCGGUGGCGGGGAAUUAUCGCGGCGCGUUCGGCGGGCGCGACGCUUCGCGUCGCCGGUUCUCAACGUUUGCGCGCGGAUUGCCGGGGGUCGGACCGGAUAAGCGCGCGACGUCGACGCCGUUUUGUUCCCCCCCACCCCCCGAAGUAAUAAUUUCCCGGCCGCGGUCGUUAAUAUUGUUACUCCGCGCAACCGUAUCUCCCGUGUAUUGGUGUUGAUACGUCGGGAAAAAUAGCGCCGACGUUGAGUCUCGACUGUUGAGUGUGUUCAAGUUCGAUAACAGGCCGGCUUACGUGUAACGUUUGAAAACUAACGGCGCAAAGAGGCCGUUCGCGCCGGACUCCGACCGAGACAGACACGUUACGCGCGGCUAUAUGACGUGUCUUCUCUCACUCUUUUUCUCUCUCUCUCUCUCUGUCUGUCUCUUUCUCUUAAUGUCCGACGAUUACACGGUUUCCAUCCGCGACACGGAUAAUAUGCAACGACGUUUUUCUAACGCGUUUGUUUUCGUUUUCGAAUGCCGAGCGUAUUCCGAGCUGUUAGUUUUAUAUCCAGACGGAAACCACUUGUUCGGUUAACGGUUAAUAAAAAAACGCACUCCGCGUUUGUCACGCGGUACCUCUGUUUCUACCCCUUCGGCGGUAUUCGAAACGUUUUAUCGAAGUUUUCGGCCGUUAUUCAUCAUCCGGGUAUUAUUUUUUUUUUUUGUCGUUUUAAACGAUACGUCAUAAACUGUCGCGCACGGUAUAAACUAAACACGACACCCGCCCUCCUUCCCUCCCCCCACGUAUGUUUAUUGUACCGCGCGUCGUCGCAGUACCCUCGAUAAACAAUAAUAUACUCGACUAUUAUUACACCCGACGUGGUGAUACUACUAGGUCCGACAAUAGUGGUGAACCUGUUUCGUUUACGAUGGGACGUGCUCGCCUAAAAUACUCUAUUUAUAAUAGUACCCGUGAUCAGUGGCGUGUUGGCCGUGAUUUUAAGGGGCAAUUGCCCGAUAAUUUUAAGUGGUGGGCGGGUGGGUGACUGGUGGUUGAGUACUGGAGUCUGUGGAGAAAUUGUAGUACGAGAUUAACUUCAUCAGAAUAUGUCAUAUGAUAUUAAAUAAGAAUAAUAAAAUUAAUAAUAAGUGUUCUAGGAAAAGCAAUCAGCCCAGAAUACUGUACAUUUAUUCAUGGGUAAUGAUAAUGAUCAAUAGACCUAAGAGUCGAGGGGUGGUGGUAGGUCAUUAAAAAAAAAAAAAAUGAAUUGCCCGAUAAAAUAAUGCACUUCGCCACGCCACUGCCCGUGAUAUGCCAAUAGAUCGUUAUAUCCGAUCCCUCGCGCGUACGCAUAACGGUGCGGUGUAGACGUGUUGAUGUAAUAUAAUAUAAAGAGAGAGAGAGAGAAAAAAACCAGAUCUCGUAAUAUAUAUUGAUAAUACAUGUAUUUUCCCCUCGUUCUUGCGCGCGCGCGGUGAAAAGAAAAUCCGUUCGCACAGUCAAGUCCAUUGUUAUUAGGUCGCCGCCGCCGUCCCGUUUUUCGCGCUCGUCAAAAGACUUCCGUUGUGUGUACGCGCGUAUAUAUCGACAGGACGACGGUGUGUGUGAGUGUGUAUAUAUAUACACACACGUAUACGUACUUGUAGAGGAGAGGGGAAAGGUUUUUCUGUUUCCGCACUCGAUAAGAAAAACCUCCCGCGGGCGUUAAUGCCACUCGAGCGGUUUUUUUUUUUUUCCUCUGAGUGUUUGAACAAAACGGUUUGUUUGGGGGAAUAUAAUAUACGACGCCUGAACGGCUGCGGCUCCUCUAAACGCGGGGCGAAAAAGGCGUACAAUAUUGUACCGCCGCCGUUUUGUCAAAACAACCGUCGCCGCUGCCGCGCGUUAAAAUGCUUACGACGUUGCAUUAUAAAAUGCAAAAGAGCCGCGUUGACGUUAAAACCGUACUGGCAAUCGAAACUUGAAGGCGCGCUCGUCCGCCGGUUUUUCCGAUUUUUCCUUGCUCAGGAUUUCAAGAGUAGUAGCUUCUCGUGUCUUUUUUAUGCGCGCAAGAAAGUAUAUAAUAUAGUCGAUUGGUUUUACGUGGAUUUUUCUCCGAUAAUACCGGAAAGUUAACCGCGCUAACGUUUUCAUUAUUUUCGAUUUUGUUUUUUUUGUUGGUGUAAUUCGGUUAGCAUUUUCUAGAUGUGAUAAAUUUUCAAACCAAUUUGGCCAUCAGUAAGCGAUUUAUAGGCGUUUUACAUUUUCAAGUUUUUUUUCGUAGUAGUUUACUUGAAGUUUAUUUAUUACAUACAUAUAUAUAUAUAUAUAUAUGUGUGUGUAAUAAGCGUGUUUUAAGGCCUGAUUUUGGACAAAAAUCAUAAAAAUUGCGGCAUUUUAAAAAUAUACACAGACAAAGCGAAUAUAUAACCUGUAUAUUGUAUAAUAUUUUCUCAUUUUUUUUUUUUUCAAUUCUCAUACCCCCCUCAGCAAUAUUAUAAUUUUAAUGUACAGAAGGGGUUAAAACUUCGACCGAGAACGACGACGCCCCGAAAUUAUCGUGAUAAUAACAAUAAUAUAUUAAACUCGCGAAUGUGCGAAUCUCCGCGUGGAAAUAAAUAUAUUCCGCAUUUUAAGUACAGUUACGACUCGGGGGAAUAUUAUUCAUAAUGUAUGCUUCCGUGUUUUUUUUUAGGCCCAAAACGUUUGUUUAUUACAUGUCGUGUUUUUUUUUUCUUUUUUAGCAACAACGUCCAGAUCUGCCCAGGUUAUUGGUAAGAAUGACUUUCAGAUUUUUAUGUAUAUGUACAACCUCGCAAACGAAACGUACACUCGUUACGCGCCCGCGAUUCACACGCCGCGCGAUAAUUAACACGCGCCCGCGUGACGCGUGUACGGUUUUUUGUAGUGUGUGUUUUUUUUUUUUUUUUAUAUAUAUAUAUAAAUUAAUUUUUCUACCCGAAUGAACGUUUUGAUGGCUCCUACGAUGCGUACUAUUUUAUAUAUAUAUAUAUAUAUGACGUACUGCAAUUAAUAAUAAUAUUAUUUAUAACCGCUAAACGGCCACUGUGCAAACACACAGCGAUACGUAUAUAAAUACGCGCGUCUCGCGCCAUACGACGAGACGCGCGAUCGUUGUUUUUUUUUUUUUUUCUCUCUAUUUCCUCCUCUUUAUUUCCGUUCCAAGCGUCGCGUUUGUAUGUGUAUAUAUAUAUAUUUAUAUAUAUAUAUAUAUACAUAUAAUUUUAAAAAUAAACAAACGCCCGCCCCCGCAGAGCACCGAGCGUCACGCGACGCGUUCGAAACAUACGACGACGACGACGACAAUAAUAAUAACGCGUUGCGUUUCUGUUCACAGCAACAAAUGCACGCGCAGCAGCUACCGCACGCGGCCCACGCGCCGCCCAUACCGAUGAUGCCCCAUCCCGGACUGCCGGGACCGCCGGUGACCGCGGCCGCCAGCCUGUUGGGCCUGGCCGGAGCGGCCGGCUCCGCGGCCCAUCCGCUGUCCAUGUUGGGCGCCAAACCGACUGACAUGCACAGGGGCGCCGAUUCGGACAACAAACCGUCGUCGGCCAUCGGUAAGUAAUACUCGACCUACUCGCACGUUACAUCGUCAUUAUUAUUAUUAUUAUUAUUAUUAUUAUUAUUAUUAUUAUCAUCGUCAUCAUGUUUACGUCGACCGCGUUGUAUAAUGUCCUCUGGGCAAAAAGUUCCCGUUCGGUUUGGAGGGGGACGGGAGAAGGUUAAACGGGACGACAUCGGAGACGUGAUAAAAAAAAAAUGAUGACCGUGUGACUGAAGUGUUAAUACGAUGCUAAUGUGUACCGAAGUACUCGAGACCGUGCGAUAGAGUCGGUCGUCAAAGGGAUCGACUACGAUCAUCGCUCGCGAGGGGUAUUGUAUAGUGAGUUUCGAGGGCGGCGUGGUGUGUACUGCACACGGUCCUCCAUUGAGUGGCCUUUACCGCCCCGUGUAAAAGGGUUUUAAUCAUUUCCGCCCGUAUGCGCCCCCCUCCCCCGUACUUCGCAACCGGCCCCGUCGCCGCCGUCCGCGUGCGUAUCGGUCCAAGCGUCGCAUAUUUAUCGUACGCGCAAUAACGGCCGAGUACGCCUCUCGGGGCAGGGGGCGGGAAAGUCACUCGGGACGGCGUCGUCCCGCAUAUAUAAAUACAUAAAAGUGCGUAUUAUACGAGUGUAGGGAUCGAGCCGGACUGCAAUAUAUAACACAUAUAUAGCAUUGCAUACGUGUGUAUCCCUCUUUAGUAGUUUUCUUUUCUUUUCUUUUUUUUUCCCCGCCCCGAGCCACUUAUCACGCGUAAUCGAUGCGGCGCAGCGCUGUCCUGUAUAUUUUAUACAGCGCGAUAAAAUGUAUAACCCGGGCGGUUUAUUAUAGGCCGACGGCGAUGAGAUAUUUCAAUAAAUCUGUCACGAAUGUCGAAUUCGGUUCUGGAUUAGUAGCAUAUAGUUUGCGGAACAUUUCAGAUCCCGGUUUGUUUUCGAAAUCUGAUUUUUACCUUCAUAACGUGCUAACUCGAUACGGUCUAAAAAUUUAAAAAAAAAUUAAUAAUAAUGGUUCGUCAGUUAAACUAGACUUAAUGUAAACGACGAUUGUUAAUUAUAUUUAAACACGGGCGUAUUAUUUCGUAGACAAAUCUCGAAUUUUUAAAAAAAAAAUCGUCCGAAAUUCCACUUUAUAUCGGUUUUGUCCGGACACACGUCGCGCACUUUUCAAGUACACACGAGAAUAUCGAAAAUUUUCAAUUAUUCUGGAGAGCAUUUUCUAAGUGUACGUAUGACGGUGUUUAUUUCACUAACGGUCCGCGAGUUUGUUAAUGCGUUUUAACUCUAGUAGGCCGUACUGCGUUUUACGAGCUAUCUGUCCGAUCCGUUUCGGUACAAUCACUGUCAAUUUAUAAUAAUAUAAAGAUCUACAAAACAAAAAAACCAAAACAUAACAUCAGUGACAACCGAAUUUUCAACAUCGAAAAAGUUCGUUGUGUGGCGAGUUUAUAGUGCGAUUUGUUGUUCGUUGAAAAUAAACAAUAAUAAUUGCGCGUCACAAUUCGCUUGGUCUUAUCGGUUUGUGGCGUGCGUUUCGAAAGUACGCGCUCUGCUCGUAAAACGACUAAAUAAUAUUAUUAUGAAAGGUUAACGCGGUUCUAAUAAAUAAUUUCGCAAAACCCUACACAGUUCUCGUUCGGACAUAUAGUGAAAAAACCGAUGAACGUAUCAUAAUAUUCGGCCUUUUUUUAAAGCCCCGUAAACAGUUGCUAAUGCGAGCGCGAUGGACACGUAUACUGGCCUUAAGAAAUUAUGUAAAAAAAAAAAAAAAAAUAAAACACAAAUUUUCUGUAUCGAACGCGUUAAGAGUGCAAUUUUUUUUGUCUUUCUAUUAUUAUUUUUUUCCACGUCUCUCGCGUUUUCAGGUCAAGGGUGCCGCUGUCGCAUUUUCUUUCACACAUGUUUCGCCCGAAUCCGACAUUAUAUUAUAAUAAAAAUUCCCGAUUUGAUACGAUUUAAUACACCUGCAGUGUACGGUUACGCAUUGUUACCGAUCGGCUGGAACAUUGUUGUAAUUUUCUAUCGCCGCCGUCUCCCUUUCUACAUCAUAAAACACAUCAUUAUUAUCCAUUAUUGUUUCGAUAUAUUGUCAAAUUUUUUUUUUUUUUUUUAUUAUUAUUAUUAUUAUUUUUUUCGAUUUUUUAUACGUGUCUAUAUAUCGUCGCCGCAGCCGUUUCCGUUAUAUAUAUAUAAAUGCUAACCCCGUUAUCUUGCAUAUUAUAUUAUCGUUUUAUAUAAGUUAUGUCAUAAUAAUUAUUAUUACGAUUUAUAUAGCGUUUUUCAUAUAAUAUAAUGUAGGUACCUAUAAUAACACAAUUUACGAGAUUUUUUUUUUUUUUUUCUGUCUAGAAUAUUUUUUGCAAUUUCCAUGUGUUAUAUAUAUAUAUAUAAUGUACCUAUAUUAUGAUGCGAUUGUUUCUAUAUAAAAAAAAAAAAUCUAUCUGUGUCAUACACGCAGUUUCAUUCAACUCGUAAUAAUAAUCUAGUCUUCGAUAAUUUAAGUCCUAAAUUUGUAGUGCAUAAUAGUGUGUGUGUAUGUAUAUAUGUAUAUAGUGGCGUAUUGGUAAAUUAAUUUUUGUGGGCGUAUGCACUUUUGGAUGAUAUUUUAUGAUUAUAAAAAAAAAAAUGUCUCGCUACGCCCUAAACAUGAAAAUAUUAUAUGACGUUUUUACGCUGCAUUCCAAAAUAUUUACUUUUAUCAUUAAUCAACUUUUACUUUAACCACAUUCUUUUAGUUUUUUCUAAAUACUCACCUAAUAAAUACAAAUUAUAUAACUUCAUAUUUAUACAAUACUUAUAAAACUUAAAGUGGGUAUUUUAUAAUUUUCGCAGCAAACACAUUGCGUUCCGAAAUCCCUUUUUCUUACGAAUUGCUUCCCGUUAAUAUUUAUCUUUAAAGGUAUGAUAUCUUUUUUUUAAUAUGUUUUUGGCGACGGACACAACAAUGAUGAAAAUAUAUUAUUAUCAAUAAUUCAGUCUGGUGAAAUUACAUUUCUAUAACGCAGACAGUAAAUUAAUUAAAACGUUGAAUGUUUUAAAAAAAAAAAGUCGAGCAUUAUUUCCUCGUGAAACUCGGCCACGCGAUACACUAUUUUAAAAUUAAAUUAUUAAAAAUUAAAAACAAAUACUACUCGUAGUCGUUAUAUUUUUAAGCCGACGGGACGCCAACCCCUUAACCCCAUCCUCUGUGCACGCUACCGAUAAUAUUACGACUUUAUUAUAACGUUAACUCGUUCAAUUCAACACGAUAUAUUAAAAUAGUUUCGGAAUCUGAAAGUAUUUUUUCUUUUUGCGGAAUCCGUUCGUAAACUGUUAUCGUUAACCGCGUAUAGUGUUUUUAUAGUGUUUUUUUUUUUUUUUUUAUCGCCCGUCGAAUCAUAACGAACGUCACGCGGUUAGUCCGAUUAAAAAGCCGACUCGGCAUAAUAUAUUACGGUGUAAUAACAGUACAGAUCAGGGGCGGCCAAACGUCGAUCGACCGGUAGAUCGCGGACGAUGUCAAUGUCGAUCUCCUUUAGUUAGAAUUUAAUUUCGUACGAUUUGUUGAUAAAUCACGAUCGCCAAUUGAUUUCCAUCUCAAUAGAUCGUUGUUUCGUCGUCAGUUCAAUCGAGGAGAAAAAACGGUGUUUUUACCUAAAUUUUGGUUUUAUUCGGGUGUAUUAUGCAGAAUAUCUAUUGGUGGGUUAUUAAUAAUUGCGAUUUUUUUUUUCUUAUGAAAAUCCAUCAUCAAACGAAAAAAAUGUGUAUUCUCAGUAGAGAAAAAAAAACGUUUGUCCACCCUCGUCAUAGCCAUAGGAUAUCCAAAAUAUAUAGCCAUUGUCGGACCGAUAAAGCGACGAAAUCGUUCGGGAGGAUUUCCCCCCCCCCCCCACACACACCCACCCGGGUAUAAGCGUAAUAACAAAAUCGAUAAGACGGAAUAUCGUUCGUUAUUAUUGUGUAAUCUGUUUUCGCGUAUAUCAUAAUACCGGGGGAUUGAGGGGGCACGGGCUCUUCGGGACCGAUAGUAAAAUAAUAUUUCUCCGCGGAAACUUUUCGACGGGGUUAUUGUACUGUUGUGUUUUUCCUCGUGGUUAAUGAAGGGGAAUAAUUUUCGUUUUUAUGAUUUCAGGACUGAGUUCGGCUGAAGAAAGACACGUGAGUAAUAAUAAUAAUAAUUAUUAUUUUAAUACAGUAUAUUAUAUAUUACGAUAGACACCCCGCAGUAUAAUGUUAUUAUAUAUUUUAACGUUAUAUCGAAUAUCUCGGCGUUUACAUUGUAUAUUAUGAUGGGUGCGUGCGUAUAAUUAUACGAGAUAAAUAUAACGUUAUGUGUGCGGCGUGCGCGCGUGACGCCGUCGUAUAUUACAACAAAAGCGCGGCGUGAGGUUUUCGCGUGUAAUCCGCCGGUUUCGCCCCGUUGUCGCCGCCGCCGCAUUCACCAGCCACUUUCCGGGGAUAAAUCUUUGAGCCGCCAACCAUAACAAAUUUCCCAUCCGGACGGCGACGGCGGCGGCUUGGUGCGCGGAACGAGGGGUUGAAAUUAAAUUAAUGCACCCAGGAUAGCACUUAAUGAAGGGACGCCUUGUUACUCCGGUUGCUCGCCGCCGUGAUGGGGUUGCCGGCUCUCUCUACCUCGUCCCGCCGCCGCGUUACCCGGCUGCCGUCGUCGUCGUCAAACAAACACUGUGUGUGUGUGUGUGUGUGUGUGUGUGCGUGUGACUGUAUACGCGUAUAUAUAUACAAUAGGGGUCGUGUUCCCCGCUCGCGCAUCUCGUCGACGGAUAAGGGUCGGCCGGCGACGGCAUGUGUACACUGCCGCCGCCGCCGCCGCCGCCGGUGUGUAAUGUUUGAACGAACCUCAUCCAUAUGUAUACGUCAUCUGGCCGCACUCCCCACGAAUUUAAAUGCGUGUCAAAUUCGAUAGGGAUCGGCUGCCGUCCCUGCUCGCGUUUACCCUCGAUUUCCUAUUACAAAAGAACCCGCCGCCGUUAUAUACCGUCGCACUUACACCGUUCCGCCCCGUCUCCGCGCAUAAUAUAAAUUUACAUUAUACACAUUAUUAUUCCGGCGUCGCCUCCUCCUCCUCCUCCCCCCCACCCUCCUUCGCGCGGCCGCGUUUUCGACGUGGCCGUCCGCGUGAUUUCCGAACGGCGGUGUGUUUUAUAUUAAUAAUUCCUCGUCCCCGCGAAACGCGUUUCGCGCGUCGUUUAUUUCCUCCAUUUUUUUUUUUUUUUUUUUUUUUUUCAUCAUCUCUCCCCGUUCCCGUGACGGUAAUUCAUCGCGGAUUAUUGUUUACGCGCGUCCGUCGUCGGUAAUCCAAUGCGGGUCGCCGCCGCCGUUCGCGCGUAGGGUUCGCCGUUCGCCACAAUAGUUUUUUUCCGAAACGUCCGCGUCGUCCCGACAGGUCGCGCGUAACCCGUGCGAUACCGCGGCGACACCGUGCGUGUAUAUUGUACGGCCCGCACACGUCGCUUUCGACGGGGCUACGGGCGAUUUGUGCGUCUCGCGUACAGAACGAGAACUCCUGUGCGGUGUAAAACGAGGGGGAGGGAAAAAAACGCGGGGCGCAUCGCCCACCAGUGUGUGUAUACACGGGGAGAUAACGUCGAGUGACGGCGUUUACUAUACGGAUGUCUCGUACGCGCGCGUGCCUUAUAUUUAUUUGUGUAUUAUAAGAACUAUACUAGGGGGAGGGACGGAGUGAAAAAAAAAAAUAAAAUAAAAAUACGCCAGAGAGAAAAUCCGUGGAAAUCCGCCGUAAUCGGGGAUUAGUUUUUUUUUUCCGCUCGAGAUAUUUCUCCUUGCCAACAAUCCGUUUCGUCUCGGUCGGUCCUUUUUUCAAACGACGACGACGACGGUGGCCCCCCAUGGGGCCGGGAAACGUGGAAAAAUCGAGGUUAUUUCUUUUUCCCUCUUUCUUUCCCAUCCCCUUUCGUUCAUAUAUAUGUACGAAUACUCGAUCGGCAAAGCGGUGUUACAAGAGGGUGAACUCGUUUAAGGGCUCGCGACGAUGGCGAUAAAGCGGGGAGGGAAGAGCAGCGCGACCGAUGCGGUAACGUUAUUUUCCGGUCCGUUUCAUCAACCAGUCGGCUCUUUCUGGGGGAAUAACCCGGCGGGCUUUAUGCGCGUGUGAGUGUAUGUAUAAAGUACCCUCGUAUAGCAGCGGUUGUGGGGUGGAAAAAUCAAAUAAUGGUAUAAAACAAGACUUUGACGGAAUGGAUUACGAGGUCGACAUAUAGUAAUAAUAAUAAUAAUAAAAAAAAAAACAACACAUCCCCUCACUACUGUUUUGCCUUUUAUUUUUUAUUUUUUCUACCGACGUUUUCGUACCCCUCGUAUAAUACGCGUAACGUAUAUAAUAAUAAAUAUUAUACCUAUAUACGGUGACGAAUCGAAUGUGGGGGGAGGGGGAGAACGCUGUGAAUUCCGACGAAUUGUAAUCUGUUCGAAAUUGAAACGCGGGAUCGAUUAUACAGAGAGAGAGAGAGAGAGAGAGAACGAGACAGACGAUAGAACGGCGACGUUUCAAUCAAAGCGACUGGAAAAUUAUCGUGUUUGCGGGCCUCGCGAUCCGACCCUCGUUUUAUUUCGCGGUGUAACGUGUAUUGGGUAUAUUAUACCGACGGCGGCCAUUCGCAAAGGUUGUGCGUGAUGCGUGAACGAUUUUUCACACGACGAGAAGCGAUAUUUCGAUUGCCUUUACCGCAAAUUAAUAAAUAAUGCGUCCGGUUUUCCUAUUCGAAAUGACAGUUUUUUGUUUUGUUUUUUUUUAUAGAAACAAUAUUUCUUGAAGCGAAGUCGUGAGUGACAUGUAAGGGGAUGGGAGGGGAAGCGCACAAGCGGCGGACGUAUGCGUCGUAACAGAACAUUUGUACGAACAAUUAUUGUACGUGAAUGAAAAACAUUUUAACCGUUUGAUUAGAUUUAAUUGGUCACUGAAUUUCCCGUAAAUUAGUCCCCCCUUCGGAGUUUUUCCCACCUUGACGGCAAGAAAACCGAGACAAUUCGAAAUAGACCGCCGAAAGGUCCGCUCUAACGACAAAAUAAAAUCUGAAAUCUAAUUGGAUAAUAAAGUUUAAAUUAAAUAAGUACGCAAUAAUAUUAUGUAUUCGUUUUUUCCCUCUUUCUCCCGCGGAUAACCGCUGAAUCGAAUAAUUUGCUAUACUAUUGCAUUGGAAAAGAGACGCUUUGUACGUUUUUAACUGCUCUCCUGAACAAUAAUAUUGCUGCAACACGCGAGUUUUAUACUUAUCUCCGUGGAUACUUGCGGCCUUUACCGUACAUACACCCCGUUCCGCACCGGCGACGUUCCCGUUCGCGGUUAAUAAAAAAAGUGCGCAUAUAUGUGACACCCGAAUAAUAAUAAUACGCAAUCGUUUUUACUAGUUUUUUUCUUCUCGUUUUUGUUAUUCCGCCUGUACGAUAUAUGUGUCGGGCGCGAUAUUUACGGAUACGUUUUUCCAUUUAUACGCGUGUACCACACGAUUACCGCGGUCCGGGUUCGAACCGGUCGCGGUCGUAUUGUGCAAUAAGCCGGCGUUUCAAGGGCACGAAUUUAUUAAUUUUUUAUUAUUUUACGGUCUUUCUCAUUUCGAAAAGUCUGCGAAUUAUCUACGUACGAUAAUAAUAUUAUCGCGCCCGACAAGUGAUAACGAAUUAUUCUAAUUAACCCGUCGACCUAUCGCAUAUACGAGUAUAUAAUAUUAUAGUAAUACGGCAAAACAGGGAUCGUUAAUCUAAUUAUAUUUCGUACAUUUUUUUUUUUUUUUUGCUCUUUUCUGUUCGCAGCGGCAUUUUAUACUUUAGAUUAUUAGUAUUCGAUCGAUUUUAUUAUUAUUUUUUUGUUGUUAUAAAAUUAUACCCGGUUAAACGAUGAUGGUUUAUAUUUUUUUAAUGAUUGCAAUUAAUAUUUCACACUACGAGCACAUCAAACAUUUAUUAUACAGAUUGUAGUGUAUAUUAUAGUACACGUUUAACUUGUUUAAUUACAUUGUACGUAUACAAUAAUUAUUACUAUGCAAUUACGGCGUAUACUUGUGCGUUCUAGAAAACAGUCGAUGACGUCCGCGUUUUCUAUUGUUAAUCUUUCCUCGUCGGGUUAGAAUUUCCGGAAUUGAAACGCGAAACAACAAAUAUUAAAUAUUAUUGCUGUAUAAAAUUCGAAAAAAAAAAAAAAAAGAUCGAAAAGUCCGUCUGCUGUGUAAACCGAAACGGCGUCCAAGUUCGCGUUUCCGCGACGCAUCAUUGUACAUCGCUACCAUAUAAUGCGUAUCAGUAACGACCAGUCGGAUUCAACCACUCCCACACGCGGAUAUGGGUUAGGCUUAAGAUUCUCUCGUCUUGGAAGCUAAUGCGUCCAUCUCCUCUUUAUUUAUAUAAUUUCGCACGUCGUUUGAAAGGACUAUUCCAAUUUUUUAUCGAACUUCAUUGAAACGUCGAAAAUGCUUAUUGGUGUUUUUCUUUUAUGCUUUUAAAAUAAUCAACGACUUAUUUAUUAAUUCGAAUUGUUCGUUAUACUCGUGAUAAAACCGACGUUAAAAGUUCCGUUCUCGUCCGACUUGGCUUUAUUUUCUGAGACCGUGGAAUAAACGGCAAAAAUUCGAUUUCGCAUUACCGGUCGCAGUUCUUAACCGUUUCAUUGUUAUCGGUUUUUGGGUGCGGCCGGCCGGAAUAUAUCAGAAGUUCGCGAUCGCAGUGAAAACAAUGUAUACGCCCCAAAGGUUCUUUAUGUACAUCGUGUAUCAUUUUUUAUACUGCGACCUCUCCGUCGUCGUCGGAAAUCACUUAUUUACGUACCGGAUUUAUAGUGCAAGAACCCGUAACGAGAUGCGGCAUAAUAAUGAUAAUUGAUCUCGAACGAUAAACCCCAUUGUCGUCCGAUUUACAUAAAUACUUUCAUCUUAUUGUACUGGUGUACCGAGUGUAUUAUUGUGUCAUUGGUAUACAACACAGGCGUGUAUAAUAUAUACGACGACCACGACGUUUGUUUAUUUGUUUUUGACUUUUUUUUUUAUUUUUUUUAGAUACCAAAUUAAUAAAGUUACUUCAAGGUUAGGCAGUCGGGUCCCAUACUUUUAUUUAUCUCCUCGGUGUCGAUGGUUUUACAUUACUUGCAUCAUUAUAAUAAUACGUACGAUUAUUAUGCUUAUUUCGAUUGUGACAUACGACGUGGACAACAUGGAUGGGAUAUCAGUAUUUAUGAGGUACGCGGUGUUUUUUCCAUGCUCUAAGAGUAUGUAUUAUGCCAGGGAGGGAGGGAGGGUCCUUUUUGAAGUUAUGUUAUUCUGUUUUUCCCGUCGGCGAUUUAUGGUCUAUGCUGUUGUCUAUUAUUCUCGUGGCUACGUAAACAUGACUAAUAAUAAUAUAUUAUCAUGAUUGUUUUAUGCCAUGGUAUUAUUAUGAAUUAAAACCGUUGUUGUUAUUUAAUUCUCUAUACAACAGGUAUACGAUUAAAUUGGAAGUUCGUGGCCUUAUCGUGAAUAUAUACCUUUUUUUUUUUUUUAUUGAGACGACUGUUUUAUCUGUCUUUUUACUGCAGUUAUCAUAACAUAAUAGAGGAGAAUGAUUGUAGACCCUCGAAUUAAUUGGCUGAUUGGAGAAACUCGUUAUCGCCGGCUAGCAAUUUCAUAUAGUUUGUCGUUUGUAUGUGUGUUGUGAUUGCGGAACGAUAACGGCGUUGAGGUCGUCGCGAAUUCGGCUGUUCCUACCCAAUGAGCGUUCCGAAAUUGAUUCGUUAAGUGUGGAAGGCGGAUUUUUUUUUUUUCAUCUUUAUAGCUUUUUUAUCUAAGGCCGACGGCCGAUAAAUCGCCCCGGUUUCCCGCCCUCCUUUUAUUAUCGCCCUCCUCCCGGGAACAUCCGAGCCUAUUACGUGCGAUAUUGCCUUUGAGUACUGCUGUGCAGGGGCGACUUAUCCGUCUUAUCGCGCUCCGGUCGCGGUACGACGCGCGUAAUUAUUCAUACUCCCCGUGUGUAUUAUUGUCGGGUGUAUUAUUAUUGCGGCGAGCAAAAGGCUAAUCGUCAUCGUCGUUAUUAUUUUUUUUAUCGCGACCGCUACCGAUACGCUAUUAUAAUAAUUAAUAACGGAUCGGCGGUGCGGUUUGUUCCGGGGAUAACCGGGGUUAAAAGGACCGGGCGUGUAUAUAAUUAUUGUAAUCGGAACCAUUAACACGAGGGCGGCAGCCGAAAGGGUUAAUUUCAGACGUGCGACGACUAAUCUCCGCGGCAAUACCAGGGGAUUCCGCCGCCCCGUCGACCGUAUGGCCCGCGGCCGAAUCGAUAAACCGCACACACGCACCGUCGCCGGACUAUACAGGGCGUCCCGCGCGAAUAUUUGCUUCCCUCCCCGCCCGCGUCGCCAAAUACGGAUAGUUGGUAUUUAAGCCGGCUUUUCCGGAAUGUCGCGUUAUUUCGUCGUCUCCCCGUUGUUUUCUCGCCGUGAGAGCAGCGGUGAUGCGCCGUUUUCAAAACGCGUGCACGGUAAUCGAACGUUUCAGACACCGGAAACGCGUAUAUUUAAACGACUAUUCCGUGCGAAUAUCUAAACAGUAAAGUCGUGUUGUGAACACCCCCCAAAAAAGCGUGACCAAAAAUAACGGUAAUGUAACAUUCCUUCUACACAUAGGAGCGCGGGGCUCGUUUGAUUAAAUCGUCGAAAAUAAAUAGAAAAAAUUACCGACGGAAAAUAUCGUAACGCGCAUAUCUGUACACGAAACACCCUGUAUAAAUACGCAUACUAAUACUGCGAUGGGCGGUGUAUAAUAUGUAUUAUUAUUAUUAUUAUUAUUAUUAUUAUGUACCGGAGAGAAAUAUUGAGUUUCCGAAAACAUCUAUACCGCGCCAACCGCCCCUAUUACCUUAACCCUUUGCGCGCCGCCACGUGUACGUAUUUAUUAUCGUUGUUACACUGUGAAACAAUACCCCGUGGCAGUGGCGUAUUUACGAUUUUUCCAAGAAGGGAUAUAUUGAACGUGGAAAUCGUGUUAUAAUAAUAAUAUAUUGUGUGCAACGUGUGUUGUACCCGGGCUAAAAAUGAUCAAAUGUUAAUUUACAUAUUUUCGAACGGCAAUUCGUAACAUUAUUGUAUUCGAUCUGCCAUAAAAUUAUCAUCGGAAUCGAAUAAUCACUGCGUAUAAGUAAUUUGUUCACUUUAUUCGCACCAUUCUAAUAUCUAUCUAUAUAACCUAAAAGCGAUGUGAGUAAAAUAGCUAUAUUCUGGUAUAUGCGAAAACGGUAUAUAGCGACGUCUAUAUCCACACCUUUACCGCGUUAAAUAAUACACUCAAAGUCGAAAGGGAUAUCCCCUCCCCCCUCUUCCCCGUAAAUAUAUGCCGCUGCAUACCGAAGUGGUGGUUUAUUUUCAGAAAAAAAAAAAAACCGCCAAUAUCGAGCCCUUCGUCGUCAAAACCACCGCACGCCGAAAUCGAAUAAUAUUUAAUUUGGAAUCUUAAGGCCUUGUUGGCGAUAAUUAAUAAUGUAAUAAUAAUAAUAAUAAUAUAACCGCGAUCAGAGGACGUGAAAUGAGGUGAUAACACAAACGUCGUCGUCAUAUUAUUAUUAUUAUUAUUAUUAUUAUUAUUGUCAUGUGUACCUAAUAAUAAUAAUAUACACGUGUGUUUUCGUAUUGUGCAUAAUAAAUAUUUGCGGUGCGGUAGUCGUGGCGGCGGAGUCAGUCUCGUGUGAAAAAUUACAUAAAUCGUCCGUAACAAAGACAUUUUUUUUAAAAGAGUUGUAAACGACGACGUUGUGCCCGCCCCUCCGCCGCCACCCCGUCACCCGUCCGUCCGAAUGUCAACACGAACGUCGCCGCCGCCGUGUUCCCCGUUAAAUUGAAUUAUUUUUCGCGCAUUUACAUUUACAUUCAUUUUUUUUUUUUUAUUCUCCGUUUUUUACAAACGCACACAAUUUAUUAUUUUGCAGUAUAUUUGUCCUCCGCGCGCUGCCGUUGACGAAUGAUUUCAAAACGGAUUUUUUUUUUUUUUUUUAUUAGUAUUAUUGUUUGCUACUACAACAACGUUCGGUCAAUUAUACGGUUUAUUUAGCCGCAGUUACUAAAUAUAUGUAUGCAGACGUAUAUAGAGAGAGAAAAAAAGGACAAGGUAAAUUAACAAUAUACUGGCGCAUGACGCGCGUACCGCCAUAAAAAACCGUUGGGGUUUUUUUUUCCCAUUAUUAUUAUUAUUUGCUCUUCGAAACUAAUUAUUAUUCGUUUAAAAACUUACGCAAGGGCUGUCGAGGGAUGGGGGCCAUGAUGUUUGGAUUAGACAAUCGAGUAUUUACUUGGGGGCUAAUCUCUCCCUCUUUGACACCGAGGGUAACUAUUAAAACCGUAUUAUAAUAAUUAUAUAGGGGCUAGGCGAUUCGAUACACUGGCACUCAAAAUAAUAUCGAAAUCGAGUUAAGCAAUUACAAUGGAAACGUGUGAUAACCACGUCGUGAUUAAAUAUAUUAUAUUACAUAAAUUUGUAAUUUUUUUUUUUUUUUUAAUUUUAUAAAUGUCGUUUUUACAUUUAAAUAGUGUUUUGUUUCAAAGCCCUAAACGUCCGACACUAAAAUUGAGAUAAUUCACGUGAUUCGAUUUUAAAAAUGUACGAGUUUUAUAUAUCAAAAAAAAAAAGUUUACUCUGCGUCGGUCGAUUUUGAUAUUAAAAUUAUUUUAUUUAAUUAUUUACCAUUGGAAAUGGACAAAAUCUGUAAAAGUUUCAAACAUUUUCGUUUAAAAACUACUUUACAUGUACGUGUAAAUAACGUGAGAACGGCUGUACCUACGAGUCCCGCCGGACAGUAGAUUAGGGGAAAAGUCUUAUCGUCAGAACGCGGGCGUGGUCAUUGAAACAAUUCGAAUUUUACAAUUUUGAAAACCUACUCCGAACCCCGUUGUAACAAAAUAUUAAUGUGUUGCGUUUUGAACAAAGGCCCAUCUCUUCUGGUCGGUCCGAUUAUGAAAUAUUUCGCAUAAAAUACACGUGUUGUGGUAAUCAUUUUUGUGUAAUAUUCAGAGCGUCGCGUUUUGACGUGUUGUCAAUACCUGCAAUGUCGUGCGACGAUAUAGAGAAUUUACCGAGUUUACCUCACAAUAGACGAAAUAACACACGCGUAGUAUUGCGGGUAUAUACGUGAUUAUAACACGUAUACACACGUUAUUAUUAUAUUAUAUUGGGUGUGCGUAUUAUAACCGAUCGCGUUCCAAUAUCUUUUGUUCGGUAAAUAUCGGUUUUCGACACCGGUCGUGUGCGUAAAAUACGGGGAUUGUGUAUAUUAUUGUUGCGCGCCUCGCUAAUUUUUUUUUUUUUUCCGUCCGAUAUCACGAGAUUUAAUAUUAUUAUUAUCGUGACCGAGUUUUAUACCGACGACUCUCGAACGGCCCAACGAAUCGACCGAGUAACGCGUACGAGACGACGACUCCCGCGUAGUAUUUCCGUGUGAGUAAGGCCGUCGCGAAUUGCGCAUCGUUAUCAAACGUCUGGAAAAACAUUGUCAGCGCUGUUUUGCUCGAGAGAGUACGCGAAAUAUCGCGAUUUGAUAUACGCGCCGCUUGUGUCUCGCUUGCGCCGUGGAUAAAACCCCCGCCUUGUCCCGUAAGUUCGGGGCGGUAAGUUUGAUACAAGACGAGGACCGAACUCCGUUGGGUAGCCUCGACCUGUCAUCAGACUCGCCAAGUCAUGAACAUUAACCGCACGACUUUUUUUUUUUUUUUCUACGACGUUCCCGAUUUGUAGUACGUUUAAAGUAUUGUCGUUUGAUAAAAAAAAAAACCGCUCCGAAUGUCGCGAAAAUAGCGCCAACUUUGCCGCGGCAAUAUUUUUUUACGUUCGCGCCCGUCCCUGGCCGAUUCGCCGCAAUAUUAAAAUCCGGCCGAACACGAAGUCGCCGCAAAAUGAACUAUCGCGCGCGGUAAGACGGCCCGGGUAUCGUCCUGUGCGUAAUUAAACGGCGACGGCGACGAGACGCGGCGCGUUGUUAACGGAAACGGACCGCCGCCGCCGUCGCGGUCACCUUCGCGUAGGGCGCACCGGCCGGCGGCGCGUGUUCGAUAAACUAUCGGGCGGCCCGUGGAUUAAUUACACACACGUAUUAUGUGCGGAACGGUUUCGCGCGCGUUCGGUGUGAUGGAGGGGGGCGGGGGUCCUCUUUACAAGCGCGCCGCGUACACGCGGUCGUUUAACCGUACCCGUUAUACUAUUAUUAGUAUUAUCAUUAUUGUACGGUAGGGUACGUAUGUACGUACGGACAAAACACGAAUAUUCGUGUUGACAUUUCGCGAACACGACGUUCGUAUAAUGUGUGUUGUGCCGGGCGGGCUGUGUGUACAGCGCGUGCAGUAUAAAACGGCGGCGGCGGCGCGCGCGCGCGCACACACACGUACGACCGGCGGCAACAAACACGCGGCCGUAAUAUAGGUACAUAUUAUAUUGUAAUUAUUAUACGGUAAUGAUUUUUAAGUACGCCGGCCGGUGUGUUUUAAUGUACCGUGUAGAGAACGUUAUAUUAUAUUAAAACGUACCUCUACUUUUACACGAAUGGCAGUAACGAUAUUAUUAUUAUUAUUAUCAUGCUCUUAACGCGCGUGUAUAUUAUAUUGUGUAUUUAUUGCGCGUGUACGCUCCGACGACGACGAAAGCGGACCGCCGCCGCCGCCCGCCCGCCCCUGCGGUGGUAGCAGCGCACAGUAGUCGUUGUUGUCUAGUGCCCCCGCGGUACUCGUGUACUCGCGGUUUAAUAACGCUCGAGCAUUAUUAUUAUUAUUAUUAUUAUUAUUAUUGUAUUAAUGCGUAUUACUGCCGCCGAGUUAAAAACCCCGUUUCCCUCUCGUCCGGGGUUUUAUAUUUCAUUGUGUUUAACGGGGCAAGAGAUAGAGAGAGAGAGAGAAAAAAAUGGGGUGGGAAACCUCGCGCUUAUAUACUAUAAGAAAAAACACGACCGUCGUCGCGUCGUUUUAACGACUCGGGUCAAUUGUUGUUAAAUUCGGCUUUUAUUAUGUAUACGUGCCGCGAGGGGGCCCCGGCGGAAUUUUUUGCGGUCGCGCGGGCAUUAUCUCUCCCAUCGCGCGUUUUAUUGUUUAGGUUUAAUACAAGGGGAGAGGGAGAGUUUGCUGAAUACUGAGUAUUUUUUUUUCCUUUUUAUUUUUUUGCUCGUUUGUCGUCUCCCUUUUGCUUUAUCAUUAUCAUUAUUAUUAUUAUUAUUAUUAUUAUUAUCAUCGCGGAACACGACAACAAUGAAGGUAUAUAAUAUUAUAAACCCACGGGUCCGAGAGAGAGAGAGAGAGAGUGAAUGAGACGGCGGCGUCUGAGAGAGACAGACCGUGCACAAUAUCAUCUGUCAGACUGCACGGGGGCUUCUGUGUGUGUGUGUGUGUGUGUGUGCGCGCGCGCGUGUAUUUUACGCGAACGGCGGCGGAGAGCGGGUGAAGCGGGAGAAAAAGCCGAGGAGAUCGUUAUCAAAACAGCGGCAGCGCCGAGGGGACGCGUCGGCGGCGGAGGAUACGUGAUUGGAUUCCGGAGGGGCGUGUUAUUAAUCCCCGGGCGAAAUACGCGAAAAUCCCAGCCGGCAAAUUCAUCACGCGGCGGCGUCGGCGGAGCGAGGAGGUUUCCGUCCGCCGCCGCCGCCUCCUCCCGAGCCGUAUACAAGAAAGAACACGCGCGCACACACACAACGCCGUUUGAAGCAAUAUAUAUAUAUAUAUAUACAGAUAUAGUAGCGGUAUAAAAGGGUCCCCUUUUCGUUCCCUCCGCGCCGCGUCUUUUACCCGCAAAACUCCUACGCCGCCGCAGGUGGCACGGUAUAUACGUACAAUGUGUACGUAUAUAUAUACGUAUACGCACGAAUAUUCGUAUUAUAUACGGCGGCGGCGGCGACGACUACGACGCCGGCGACGACGUGAGCCGAUUACAAGUUUGCAAAUGAAUGAAUUAAAGCCGCCGUCGCCCCUUUCGCCCGUGCGACCCUCCUCGCCGCCGUGUGCGCCCGUGUAUAUAUUAUAUUCACGAGCAGUCUACUUACCCUCCGCCGUGACGACGGACGGGGCGGGGACGGCCGCCGUGCGGUGCGCGGUACGCGACGGACGGACGGGGGGAGGAGGAGGCGCGCGCGCGUUACACACGGCCGAUUAGUUCUCGAUGAAGUUUAAACCGUGAACCGCCGCCGUCUACGCGACCGCCGCCGACAACAACUACCGCGAGCCCUCCCCGACGGCCGCCCGGCGGGCACACCCUUUACGCGUUUUCACUCGCACCGAACGGUAAAAGCUUUCCCCGCCGCCGCCGCCGCAGAAGAGCUUCCCCGCGCGCACAGUCAAUUGUCUCGGAAGUUAUAUUACACGCACACGCACACGCGCCGCGCCCGCCACCACAAAACACCGAUGACGCCUCCGUCCCGUCGCCGCCGCAGCCGCCGCCGCCGUUCCGCGAGGCUCGCGGGCGUUUUCGUUAUAUUUAUACAUCUCUCGCCUCGCCGCCGUGUAAUAGACCGCCGCCAAACGCAUAUGCGUCCCUUUCGCAACCCGAUCGUUUUCGAUAAGUUUAUUAUUUUAUUUUAUUUUUUUUCCCCCUUUACCGUUUUAUUAUUCGUCCGUAAUCGAAAAGUCACGUAUUAAAUCGGCGGGGGGAGGGGGUUCUGACGGAUUUUUUUUUCCCCCGUCCGUCGCCGUCGUUUGUAUGAUAAUUAAAUUCGUCGACCGGACGCGCGCGCAUGUAAUAAAGUGAAACGUUACACUCUGUGUAUUAUAAAAAAAAAAUUAUAUUUAUGAGUUUUUUUUUUUUUUCCUUUCCCGUUCGAUAAUUAUAAUUAAAUCUGGCUCGCGAUACUCAAAAGUCAACGUUGUAUAUAUAUAUCACGAAUACUAGCUCUAGGUAUAUAGCGCGGAAAGGCGAGCGACUUAAAAAGGAUAAUAUAUACUUUUCGAUUAAAAUUAAAUUUUCAUUAGCACUCUGCGUCUCCUUUGCCGCCGUCGUCAUUAGCGAACCCCGGAUAAUUUGUAAAACUAUGUUCAUAAUUAAAAUUUAUUAAAACACGGCGAACUUUCGUGCGUUUAAUUGACUGUGACGAGAACCGUCUAGAAAGUUAAGCGCGAGUGUUGUGUGUAUACACGUGCACACGGGUAUAAUAAUAACGAUGUCUUUUAAAAUUGUAAAACGUAUACUGCAGUGUAUUAUGCAUACUCGAAUAAACCGUGUAAACCGUAUUUUUCAGCUUACAAAUAAUUUAUACGUCGUUUCUCGUGAUUUUCUUGGUAAAUAAUAUUAAAAAAAAAAAAAAAAAAAAAAAAAACUUCACCAAAUAAUUUACCUUGUCCCCACGGUAACAGUAUCGAAAAUAAUCCGAUUGCAUUUUUCGCCCGUUCGUUUUUUUUUUUUUUAAUUUUUUUUAAUCAGGGCGGUGCAGUUUGUUAAAAACGAUUUCACGCGUUUGAAUAAUGUUUGAAACUACCCCUCCGGGAUAGGCGUGAAAAUAUUACAAGAUCCGGUUAAACGGACGUGUCUGACUAUGUCCGCGUAAAUAUUUAAGGGGUCGAAGGAAAUUAAAUUUUACUUCGUCGAUGAUAUUCGUUUUCAUGGAAAACCAGACGAAACAAAAAGAACCACUUUCGAUAUGACUUUAGACCUUUUAGACUCUGUAUGAAAAUUAAAAGCAGCAAAAUUUUCUGUAUAGUGCAAUAUAAGUUACGUCUAAUCGAUUUUCGAUCCUCGAUAAACCAUUGCUUAAAAAAAAAAAAAAAAAACGAUUCUGAGCAGAGUAUUAUUAGUCGUAUUUUUUUCCCGUUUAUUCGGGAAACUACAAAGAAAAACAAAAAAUGAUCUUCUCAACGCGUCAACUAGUUACAAAAAGCUUCGAGAUAGUUUCCGACGGGAAUACGGUUUUUUCUAGUAGAAAAAUUGUUUCCAGACAAAACCAUAAAACUCAGCAUGAAAAUUCCCUUUAGUGCUAAAGUGUAGUGCUGAAGGGAAAAUUGGCGCUCAAGGUUUUCGUCCGCUAAAUUCGCGGGCCUAACUUUUUUUUUGUUUUUUUCAUAAUAAUAUUAUAAAUAUACAACUCUUUGAACGAUCAUUCCGUACGGAUAAAAAAUCGCGUUUCGUAAAUUAUAUUGUGAUCAAAUUAUCGUAUUGGGCUGUGCCCGAUAAAUCGCAGUGCCCAGUUUCGACACGAGAGUUUUCGGUACGUUCAAAAACGGCGGGGCCCGGGCGCGAAAAUGUGUUUCAAUUUAAUGCGGCCGCGUCUCGAAUAAUUUAACUCUGUCGUCGUCAUCCAGAGACCGCCCGGAGAAAUAUUCACGUCGGGAUCCGCGCGGUCGGCGAGCAAUUAACACCGCGAGCGCACGCACCGUCGGCGACCGACCCCUCUCUCCCCGGGGAAUCUACACUGUAUGCGUUAUAUUGUAUUUCCCGGGGCAUCCGCCGGCAAACAGUUUAUUUUGUUUCGCGCUCCCGUCGUCAAAGUCGCAUUAUCCCAUAUAUAUAAUAACCUAUUAUAUAUUUAUACACAAGUAUUAUGUACGGCGCAUACGUUAUAUUACAUACGUGUGUUAUGUACAUGUGUGUGUGUGUGUGUGUGUGUGUGCGCGUGUGUAUACGACUGAGGUUAUGGCUUUCGGGAAUUGGAUUAACUGUCUUGUACGUGUGUGGGAGGGGCGGACCGGGAGGGAAAUGUUUUUAUUGGGUCCUUGGGGUACGCGCGCUCGAUACACGAGCACGGCGCGCGCGGGGGUGGGGGGUCCGGGGCGAAAAACGACCGGUGCGCCACAUGUUUUUUUUUCUCCCCCCGAGUCCUUUUUUUUUUCUGUAUAACACACGCGUUAUUUAUUUCCCGCCGUCCUCACGCAGGAUCCCCGUUGCUCUCGACAAAUGUUAUAUUUUUUCCCCGCCUCCCUCCCGUACACGUAAUAAUAAUAUUACACACAAACACACACGUGGUACAGCUCUGCGCGUCAUGUCCCACCCUCGCGCGACACGCACGACGAAAUAAUACAAAAAACAAAAGUGUUACACACACAUAAUAUUAUAAUGUGUGUAUAUAUUAUAUACAGGGUGGUUUUUGUUUUCCAAUGGUUUAUACACCGAUCUUGUCAACGAUAAUAUUUUAUACAAAAGUAGUAUUUGAACCUGUUAUCCCAUUAUAUAUAAAGUGUUACGUUUAAAAAAAAAAAAAAUAAAAAAAAAGAAAUAAUACAAAAUACACGUUAUUCUGUUCAAAUCCGUGGAAAAUGUUAAAACGUUUAAACGUACGCGAUUAAGGUGGUCGUAUGAAAUUUGUUAACAAAAUGUUUUCAAUUGUUCACGAAAUCCGAAAAAGCCGUGCGAAAUAAUUUCCGUAUAAACGAUUUACUUGAAAUCUUCAGACAAAAAAAAAACCGAGGAUUCCGAUAACAGAAUCGCACUGUUUAUGUACGGGUUAUGUACAAAUAUUUGGUUAUACCGGGAUUUUUUUUUUUUUUUUUUAACAAGCGGCCAAAAUCCGUAUACGAAUAUAUAUAUAUAUACGUCGAACCUAUCCCUCUCCGAGAUGUUCGAUUAACGUUUUUUUUUCUUUUCUCAAAUUAUUAUUAUAUAUUUGUCUUACGUGUUUUUUUGUUAUCUGUUUAUUUAUACACAGCGGAGUUCCAUAUCGCCAGCGGAAAGGGAAAAAUUUCGCGUCAGAAGCUCGCCGGAUAUCGAACCGCACAAAAAAGUGAAAAAAGAAGAAAAAGAUUGUCACGUAAGUUUUUUUACGCAUAGUACACACGUAUAAAACUCGACGAAUAUUGUAUGGCUUUUCGGUGAAAAGUUUUAUACGCACUGCAAGUGCAAUGGAAACAAUAAAAAGUGAAUUUUCGAGAAUUUAAAAUUUUUCAUAUAUUUUUUUCUAUAUCGGACAAUAAAAUUAACUUGGUAUAGUAGGUAUCACGUUUUAUGGUCAUUAUACAUGACAUACGCAUACGUAUUUGGGGCGGGGAAAGUGAUUACAUUUUUUUUUUGUUUUGUUUUUAAUGAAUUAUAUGAUUUUUAAUGUUUUUCUGCAGUUGUAUCUAAUUAUUAUAUUAGGUACAUUCCUGUAUGUGUAACAGAUACUGCAGUAGUAUACAGCAGCACAAACCUAAUUAAAUUUCGAUUUACUAGGUAAUAAACGCGCAUUAAACAGUAUCAACUAAUUGCGUAGUCGCAAUAUUUUAAAAUCAACUGUCGAGGUAGAAUGACAUUUUUGCCCCUGUAAUAAAAUACGCAAAAUAUCUGCAAAUUAAUAAUAACUACAGUAUAAUCUUAUUUUUGACAAUUUACACUUUCCACCUCGAGGGCAGUACACGUAUAUACAAUAUGUACGCCAAUAUACGCAUCACUCGCGCUCCCUUCGAAAGUUUUAUUAAAUCUUUUUUUUUUUAUCGUUUACAGGCGAGCGACGGUGAAAAAAGCGAUCAAGACCUGGUCGUUGACGACGCCAGCGAGGUACGUGUCAUACCUAAUAAUAUCGUUAUCAUCGUUUUUGCUAUACUUGUGAUCUAUACGUUAGUUCGUAUAAUAUUAUUAAGCCAUCAAUAAGCGUACUGCAUUUUAAACACGUUAAACGGAUGUACGGGUAUGUAAACGCUUAGAGCGUUUGAAGGGGAAGAAAAAAAAAAUUAAACGAUUUUUUAAUAACGCCUCGAAACGAAAUAUCGUAUUUAUAUAGAGUCUAUACAAGUAUAUACAGUUUACGACGGUCGUUAUAAAAAAUAAAAACUAUAAAACGCAUUGAUUUGAUUUUUAUUUUCUUAUGUUAAUGAUUGCUCAUAAGUUAUUAAAAAAAUAAUAUCGCUCCAUCAAUGACGGUGUCGUUCAUUAUUAUCAUUAUUAUUAUUAUUAUUGUAUAGUUCAAGUGUUCCCCGGCGUGUGUACAGUGUAUACGUAUAUUCGAUCGCGUUAAAUCGCACAUAUUAUUAUUUAUAAUACCUUUCGACUCUCGAACGAAUAAUAGUUGACAUAUUUUUUAAUGAAUCCGAAAAAUGCCUAGGGAAAAACGUCCCGGACCAAGAGCACCGAUACCAAUAUUAUAUUCAGCGUAUCGUGUAACAUUUUUAAGUUUGGACCUAACCUAACCCGCCCGUUAUACGUGCAACAAUACAUAUUAACAUAAAUCGUGUGUGACGUAUUAUUUAUAAUGUGUGUUCCGUUUCACAGGACCCCGUAUCGCCGCUAAACGGCACGGCUUCACCCAGAGAAAACGGAAUUGACAAAUUACAACCCAAAAAGGAACACAUCGGGCCACACAGGUAUAUUAUUGUCGUUUUAGUUUUUAUCGAAAUUGAUUUUUAUUUAAGCGAUGAUAAUAUAACGCAUUACUUUUAUUUUUUUUUUUUUUUUGCCCGCCUUUCUUUUUAUGCGUUUACAGUCCGCGGAGUGGGACCUCGUCAAACGCCAGCACCCCGUCCACCAAGAAAUUAGAAGACAAACCCAGCACGCCAAUAUCAAAGUCGAUCACGCCGACAAGUGGCGGCAGCGGUUGCAGCGGAGCCGCCGGCUCAUCGAUGAAACCCAUGGUCAAGGGACCGUCACUAGCCGGUAAGCUAUUGUUUACUGAUAAAAUUUCUUUUUUUAAAUUCGACUUUUCGUUUAUUUUAUUUGUCGUUUUCUGUCCGCUUAGCGCAAUACCCGCACUACCUAGCAGGCGGAGCGAAUCCACAUGAUCUUCAGGCUGCCGCAGGAGCUUACGGCGCCCUGCACAAUAACUUGCCGCCAGCGGCUGCGUUAAACAGUUACCCCAGGCCAGCACUGGUGAGUUUUACAAACUAUAAUCUCAUAUCGUGGCCAACCAUUUUGACAUGGGUGAUUUAUUUUUAAAACAGCUGUAAAAGCCUUUUACAAAAAAAAAAUCUGGUUUUAUUUCUUUCUCGUUAUCUGUGUAAUUAAUGCGACGCUGUUAUUUCUAUAGGUCGGUUACGAUCCUCACGCACAGAUGAGAGCGCCCCUCGGACCUGGACUGGGCAUUCCCGGCGGGAAACCGUAAGUCUUGGCAUCUCGUCAAUAUGAUCGACUAUUUUUUCAUAACUUAUAUCCUUUGGUUUUUCGUAGAGCUUAUUCGUUUCAUGUGAGCGCCGAAGGUCAAAUGCAACCGGUGCCCUUUCCGCCCGAUGCACUGAUGGGCCCUGGAAUCCCGAGGCACGCUCGUCAGAUAAACACACUCGGGCACGGUGAAGUCGUGUGUGCAGUGACCAUCAGCAACCCCACCAAAUACGUUUACACCGGUGGCAAAGGCUGCGUCAAGGUGUGGGACAUUAGUCAACCUGGUUCCAAGUCACCCGUAUCUCAACUAGAUUGUUUGGUAUGUACUAAAAGAGAUUCUUUUGAGUCCAAUUAUUUAAUUAUAAUAUUACCUCGUAUAUAAUAUUAUUAAUACGCUGACGAUUUUAUUUCGUGAAUGCAGCAACGUGAUAACUAUAUAAGAUCUGUAAAACUUUUGCCUGACGGCCGGACGCUCAUUGUUGGCGGGGAAGCGAGUAAUUUGAGCAUAUGGGACCUGGCCUCUCCCACGCCAAGAAUAAAAGCCGAGUUGACGUCCAGUGCGCCAGCAUGUUACGCGUUAGCCAUUAGCCCUGAUUCUAAGGUAUGUGUUUGUUUUAUCAUUUGUAAUAACCAUGAACAAAGUAUAUUAUAUAAUGUGCAUUCUUUUGUUUUAUGUGCAGGUGUGCUUUAGCUGUUGUUCAGAUGGCAACAUAGCCGUAUGGGAUUUGCACAACCAGACGUUAGUGAGACAGUUCCAAGGGCACACGGACGGUGCAUCAUGCAUAGACAUUUCUUCUGACGGUUCAAAACUGUGGACAGGUGGUCUGGACAAUACAGUACGCUCUUGGGAUCUGAGGGAAGGCCGACAAUUACAACAGCACGAUUUCUCGUCUCAGGUACCUUUUUAACCAAUAUCAAAUUUUCAUCAUGAUUUUUAGCUUUUUUGUCAAUAUUAAAAUUAAUAACAUUGUCUGUUUAUUAUAGAUAUUCUCCUUGGGCUAUUGUCCGACUGGUGAAUGGUUGGCUGUUGGUAUGGAAAACUCCAAUGUCGAAGUAUUACACGCCUUGAAACCGGACAAAUACCAAUUGCACCUACAUGAAUCAUGUGUGUUGUCACUUCGCUUUGCAACAUGUGGCAAAUGGUUUGUGUCCACUGGCAAAGACAAUUUGCUAAAUGCAUGGCGUACACCAUAUGGUGCUUCUAUAUUCCAAGUAAAUGGCAUUUUCAUUAUUCUCAUUGUUUGUUAUUUGACAUUAUUUUUAUGUUUCUUUGUUUUUUAUUAGUCUAAAGAAUCUUCUUCAGUAUUGAGCUGUGACAUAUCAGCCGAUGACAAAUAUAUUGUUACUGGUUCUGGAGAUAAGAAAGCAACUGUUUACGAAGUUAUAUACUAGUGAAUAAUGCAAAAUGAGAAUUUCAUCGUUUUGGUGUUCAUUAGAUGUAGAAGAAAAACUUCAGAUGUUUAUCUAGCGUUUAUUGAACAUUUUUUUGUGAUAAUUAUUUUUCCAAUCUAAUAUUAUAUGACUAUUAUGACUUAGUCUGUAAACAUUAAUACAUGCAUAGCGUAUUAUAUAAAUAUUAAACUAAACAGAAUCUACUAUUAAAACAUUUUUUUAUUAAAAAUUGUAUGUAAUAUAAACAUUAUUAAUAAAUAAUUAAGAUCAAUUGUUUAAAAUAUUUGAGGCCUGUUUUAAAACUGAUAAUCAUGGUCAAUACUUCAAAAAAGGGUCAUUAUUUUUGCUAAAUUGAUUCUUUGAUUAUUUAGAAAGAAAAGAUCACCGUGAGUAACAGCAUUUUUGACAGUUUUCAAUACUAUUUUGUGAAUACUAUUAAAAAAAAAAAUGUAUAACUUUAUUAUUAAUGUUCCCAUGUAAGUCCCCACAAAAAAGAUCUUUCGAAUGCAUAAAUAUUUUUUAUUAUUAUUAUUAUUAUUAUUAUUAUUAUUAUUAUUAUUAUUAUUAUUAUUAUUAUUAUUAUAAUUAUUAUUAUUAUUAUUAUUAUUAUUAUUAUUACAUUUUAAGUAUUGUAUUUACUUUAUUAUUUCCUUAAGUGUUAACUUUGUUUUUUUCUAUUUUGUACAAAAUGAUAGUUAGAAAAAAUACCCUAUAAGUUUUGUUAAUUUUUUUUUUCAUUAGGAUCUAAUAGGUAAAUCAAUAAUAAUGAUGAUUAUCUCUAGAUAUCUUUUAUACCUAAAUAGAUAGAGAACCCUUUGAAAAAAAAAUUGAAAUUUGAUUGUUAUUUAAUAAUUAUUUAUGUUUAUUUAAAAUUAUUACAUUUCCCCUGAUAUUUUAUAUUAUUGUGCUAUGUAGUACCGAAUAUUUUGUUUAAUAAUUUAUAAUGUAUAGUGUUCAAUAUAGAAUUCUGGACAGUUCAUUAUUUAUACAUAAAAUCAGAAAAUAAAAGAACCAAUUUAUUAUUAAAUGCUUUAACUCUCUUUACUCAUAACAUUAAUUUAUAAUAUGUAACAACUGUUAAGAAAACAUCUCAUUAUUGUUUUAAUUAGCUACAAUGAAUAAUGUUGAUUGGCUAGCCUGGUAUAUAUGAGAAACAUUUAUAAAAUUAUAACAAUGAUUUGACUUAAAUUAAUUGAUUGGC